AGAAGGGAAAUGAGCACUCCCCCUCCUUUAACCAUCACCAAAGCCCAGCCUUGUGUUUACUUGUUGCUAAGCAGUAAAAUCUCCUGGAAACCUUGUGCUGUCUGAGUGUAUCUGGAUGAACACUGAUACAAGCAUAGCGACUGGUGGCUGAUUACACAUUUCUAGUUCCCUAGAGCUUCCAUUACUGCACCCCAAAGAUGAGCAACAGCAGCUUGAGUUUUGACUCAGAUCAUCCUGCUUCACCUGGCCCCCCAAGAGUGGACCCAACAUAUUCAAGCAAUCGUAUUGAUGUGAACAGCAAUGCAGCUUUUCGUUCUGUCUCCCAAAAUACACCAAUGUUGAGAGAUGACGCCGAGGUACAUUUUAAAGUUUGCUUUAUAACUAUAAAACAUUACUCCUGCCUGCUCCGCAUUACCAUUAACUCCAUAGAUGCUCAGUUAUAUUAUGGGAAAGUAAAGAAGUCCCUGGUGGAAUUGAGACAGUAAAACUUUCAUAUCAAUCUACCUAAUUAAGGGAUAAAUCUAUAUUUAUUAAUUAUUGGUAUUUAUAAAGCGCCAACAUAUUCUGCAGUGCUGUACAAUUAUGGGAGAACAUACAAUAUACAUAUACAAAUACAAAAGGUAGUGCUUGGCUAGAUAGCCUGUGAGCUUACAAUCUAAAGGAUUUAAAAUAUUGUUAGCAUAGGACCUUACCAAGUUUUAUUGUUUAAAAAAAAUAAAAAAAAAAUCAUAAAUAUAAACUUGUAUUUUUUUUUUAUAGAUAUUCCAUGUAUAAUUGGUUUACUACUAAAUUACUACUUAUGAACACAAUUGUGUAAAGAAUAAGAGUCAUGGGUCAUUAUAGAAGGAACAAAAUACAAAUAAUAAUAUUUAAUAAGACCUGUUUAUUGUGAAAUAUUGUUUUAUGUUUAUGUAAACAUAUAUUAUGUUGUAUGGUCAUUGAAUAUAUGUAUGGUUUAAUUCGUUUGUUUGUAAGUUUAAAAAAAAUUCUUAAUAAACAAUAUUUGAAAAGGAUCUUCCGCGGUUUGCAAAUACAUAUAAACGGAAAAAAUAAUUACUUUCUGAAUUUAUUUGCAAGAGAAGUGAAACGACAUAUUGAUUUUACUGGAUACAUAAGGCUGCUCUGUAUAUAUUAUAUCAAAUCAGCUCUGAUAAAUGAUAUGCAAUUAUUAAAAAAGAAUGUACUUGAAGGAUUGUCAUCACAAUAUAAUUUCAGAGUAUUUCAUAAAGAUAUAAUCUUUAUAAAAUACUCAUACUGAUUGUGCUGGCAUUUCACUGAAAUGUCCAAAGUUAUCAAAUUAUAUCAUAAGUAGUAUAGACAACUUAGGGCCAAGGUGUCUUAGGGCCAAGCUUGAGGCUGGUAGAAUUUAACAAGAGGUGGAGCUAUUAUUACAUUUUGUCAGUUCCCACAGCCAUAGCUAGUAAUAGCUUCAGGAAAAGGGCAUCCUCUUGCAUGUCGGUUGAGGAUGACACAGCAUUGACUAAGCCUAAGAGCUGUCAUAAGCACUAAACUUGUUGUGUGCAUAUAGUGUUCCUUUAACGUAAGGGUGAAAAAAAUUACCAUGGGGAAAAAAAAAUCCAUAGCAACACAUGCAACUUUUGCCAAUCUAUGAGAUCAUAUUCCCUGUAACAUAUUCCUACUGUCGGUACAAACCUCUUACAAAGAUACACUAAUGCUCUAAAAAAAGAGAAGAGUCCCUAUAUUUUCCUUCACUUUUGAGUUCUGGAGUGUAAUAAUAAUAAUAAUCAGAGUUGGGAUUCCCAAACCCCAUUUCUCAGGUCCAGAAGGUGCCCAAUCCCUUUGGCCAAAAAAUUUAUAGUAGGGCGUCCAAUAGACAUCUCUCUCCCUAAUACCUAACAAUAGAGCCCAAGGGUUCACAAUUCCUAUGGUUCCAACUAACCCAAGGUUGCCCAGUUCUUCAGGUUCUAAGUAAUGACCCUAAGUCUUAAUGACUAUUAAUCCCACUAACUAAUGAAAUAUUAUAAUGCCAACAUAUACUUAUAGGAUUAUUUACUUAAGUGGAUUCAAAGAGAAUUUAACAUUUAAAACCACAGUAGCUGAACUGAAAGCAUAGCUGACUUUAUCCAGAGAUCUCCAGACCCCUUGUAAUCGUGUGAUAUAAGGUUUAACCAAUAUGUAGGCCCAGAACUGUUGUAAAAUCAUGGUACCUAUUUUAAUUAUCCUUUACAUGGGGUGAAAGAAGGAUUGAGGACCACUCAUUAAGCCCCAUCUGGUAAUAUUAGGGUCACAGGGGACUCACCGUUCUUUUUAUAAUUUUAUUGUUAUAUUUCAAUAGAAAAUGCUCAGCGUGAGGGAGCUGACCUGCUCUCCAUAUAGUAUGUAUCAUGGACAAGCAGUUAUUAAAUUGAUGUUUGUUUCCAUUCAAGUGGCUGAGGCAGGUUUUACAUUUAAAGAGAUAGAUACAGUAUAUACAUAUAAAGUGUUCUGUGUAUAUAUCUAGGGGCUUAAACCUAUAAUGGAAAUCUCCCCUUACCCACCAAUAUACAAACAGAAAAAAAUAGGUAGAUUUAGGGUGAAAUCCACCAGCAACUUCCUAAGUGGAGCAUUAAUAAUUAACACUUACCCCUAUAGCACUAUAGAACCUGCUGAGGACAUUUUAUUUAUUUACCUUGUUUUUUUACUGUGUAUUAAUAAAUUUAUCCGAUUGGAUCUUCAGUCCUGCUGGCGAUUGCCUCCUACACAAGAAGGGUGGUUAACAGCCUUUUAACCUAGAGCCAGGUCUUACUGACUCUUUUUAAGGUGAGCAGGUUUUAUCUCACUUAUUUUAUACAAGAAUCUGUACAUAUUGCACUAGGAAUUUAGCUUUGUGCUUUAUUCCUGAGUUUUACAAUAGGAAUCAAGAUGAGGGAAGGUGUGACCUUAGUACACCAAAGCCAGAGGCGUAACUAGAAACCAUGGGGCCCAGGUGCGAAAAUUGCCUUAGGUCCCCCCCAUACGUCCCAGCCCCCCCCCACACACAUGGAGACAAACACAUACUCAUGCAGACACACAUACAUGCACACACACACACACACAGAUACAGAGAAACAAACAUACAGACACACAUACACUAACACACACCAAAAAUGUUUUAGUCAUCCUCCUGUUUUCGACAUUUUAGGUGCAGGAGGGUGAUUUUCCCUGGGGUCCAGUGGCUGGCUCCAGCUGAUGGGAGUCAGAGUGGGAACUUUGACUCCCUCCUCUACUUCCUCCUCCCGUUCGGGCUCAGUGAUUGCUGGGAGGAAGUGACCGGGCAGUCACUUCCUCCCAGUUCUGAUGUCAUUACAGGGGGACCGUUUGCGCUAUUAAAGCGCCGACUGAGCCCCCUGGAUAUUCGUUGCCUUUGGGUGGCCCUAACAGCAUGGGCCACCCAAUGGGCCCCUGAACGCAUGGCCCCGGCAGUAACACUGGAGUGACAGGCCUGGUCGCAUCUGCGACUCCUGUGAUCGCCAUAGUUCUGCCACUGACCAAAGAGAUUGUGAUCUGAGCCAGUCCCUUAUAUGGCUCUAUUUUUGUGAGUGUGUAUAUUUUCUAUUCAUACACUACAAAUUGUUAACAUACUACACCAUUAGAUUUUUCUCUUCCCCCCCCUAUGUUUGUGUAAACUACUGUCAAUCAAACUAUAGUAGUAAGUGUUAAUUAUUAGUGCUCCAAUUAGGAAGUUGGUGGUGGAUUUCACCCCCAAUCUACCUACUUUUACGUGUGAUAUCUUAAGCUAUCUUAAGUUGGUAAAAGUUGGGUAAAAACAACUAACAUGUCAGCCACUUUAGCAUGUAACAGCUGGUUGGUAAAACUUACCUAGGCCUCAAUUUAAUAAAACGUGUACAUUUGGGCUUUGUCCUUAAGGGGUUAAUAUUAUAGGAUAAACUUCCUUGUUUUUAUUAUAUCUUUUAUAUAUAUUAUAUAUUUUAAAUUUAUUUUAAUAUUUUGGAAACAAAAAUAUUAAAAAUAAAAUAUCCAAAAAAUAUGAAAUCAUUUUAAAAGCUAAUCCAAAAAUAUUAAUUAGAGGCCAAACCUGCAAAUAGAUUAUUGGAACUACAUACUAUGCAAAUGUCCGAUGUCUCUUGUUUCAUGCAGUGGAUGGAACAUUCUGCUGCCCUUGUACUUUUCACUGAUCAGUAUCCCUUCUUUUAAUGUACAAUACAAAUAUGGUUUUAUGCCAAGCUGUGACCCUUUCUUAUAAUUGAAUUGCUUAUUUGUGCUUUUAUAUGUUUUGAAGGCACAAGAACAGUAUAAUCUACCUAGGAGAGCUGUAGAAUUCAUGGAUGAUUUUACAUUACACCAGAAUCCUGGAAGGUGAGAGAAAUAGAGUUCCUUAUUUAGCUUACACUUGUAUAUAAAUUGAUUUCUGUUUACCGUUAAUAUUUUUUGCUUUAUUUUGGUGGCCAAGCAAUAACAUUGCUGGACAGCCUAUUCCUUUUAUUAAUCUAUUUUUAUUGUUAUUUGUCAUAACCUCAUGAAACUUGGAGCAAUUGUAGAACUAUGGUGCACUACAUCUUUUGCCACAUAAAAGUCAUAUGGUAUGGCUGCUUUAAUGGUUAUGGUGACCAAGGGUGGGACUACUUUUCUCAGUAUUUUUUCUCUUCUUGACACUUCUUGGCACUGGCUGGAGCUACCACCGUCAAGAAGUGCCAAUCUCUCUGCGGCCAUCAGUGACAGCUGCAGGGAAUUGACUCUGUCUAAGGAUGAUCCUCCAUAGAUCCAAGUGCUGUAUCGUCGUGAUGAUACACGCGCAUGUGCGAGAGUAUAGCCGUGAUGUCAGCUCCUGGCAAUAAAGUGCCAGGAGCAGAAUAGGGCCAGCUGGAAGAUGAUGGUGGUGGCAUUAUCUUUCCCUGCCCCUCCGACCACCGGACCCUCAGUGGUAAUGUCAUGUCGGAGGUCUUUGCUAAUUCUGUAGUUCCACUUUAAAGCCCAAUAAAUCUAAAUAAAGAUUGGAAAAUAGUUUUAAUCAUGUUUUUUAUGGCCAGAAGAUCCAGUUCCUGCAGUCACGCAAUAUGCCUCUUGUGAUGUUGACUCGUCCAAUCCAAUGCUAGUCAUUGAGACCAAAACAACUGGUGAACCGUCGCGAGGGUCACAGGUGCCCAAGACUCACUGAUGCACCAGGGAGCAAAGGCUAGCCCGUCUAGUCCAAUGACACAAAAUAAAUACUGUUGCUGAAAAGGCUGAAAAACUUAAUGCUGGUCAUGAUUGCAAUGUAUCGGAAUACACAGUACAUCACUGUUUGCUGUGUAUGGGGCUGUGUAGCAACAGACCAGUCAGUGUGCCCAUGAUGACCCCUGUCCACCGCCAAAAGCGCCUUCAAUGGGGAUGUGUAUGUUUAUAUAUUUGAGCACUUUGGAAUUACACCUAUAGCGCUACACUCUUACCAAGUAGUGGGAACGUUUCUACACUGACCCACUCGUGGUUACUUGUUUGUUUUUUGCAUGUCGAGAGUGGGUUUUGGAGUACCCUUUGAGUGUUUUAUAGCAGCUUAACGAAAUUAUUUCUCACUAUACAAAAAAGCUCCACUAAUUUCCACACCUUGUUUCUGUGUUGUUCCAAUUGAAGAAUGCUGCCUGGCCCGAUGAAUGACGUUUUCUUUUAGAACACGUGGGUGGACAUGUGUGUGUCUUUUACCUGGGGAAACCUACCUCCUGUAGAUGGCAGUAGGAUGCACUUUGGGAGUAAAACAGGCUGGAGGAGACAGUGUUAUGCUCUGGGCAAUGCUUUGGGAAGCAUUGGGUACUGGCAUUCAUGUGAAUGUUUCUUUGACAUUUACCACCUACUUAGAGAUUGUUGCAGACCACGUAUCAUAUUGGAUGGCAGUGGUGUUCCCUGAUUGCAAUGGCCUUUUUCAGCUGAUAAUGCACCCUGCCACACUGCAAAAAUUGUUUCGGAAGGCACCAUAACUACUUUAUCCCAUUCAAUUGAUUGAGCCUGGAGCCUUUUGGUGCCCUCCCACUAUUCAUAGAAUGUGACGGCAGGUUAGUUUGCCCAAUUUUCUAAAUACUUUCAAUAGUCCCUAGCCUUAUCUUAUAGCUAGGAUAGAAUUAUGCCUAUCAAACGCAUGCUUAAACUCCUUUACCGUGUUAACCUCUACCGCUUCAGCUGGAAGGCUGUUCAAUGCAUCCACUACCCUCUCAGUAAAGUAAUACCUCCUGAUAUUUUUAUCUCCCUAUACAAUCCUCCCUAUACAACCAAGCAUUCUGCUAGCAUUUCCUGCUGCUCUGUUACAUUGUCUGCCUACUUUUAAGUCAUCUGAAAUAAUUAUCCCUAAAUCCCUUUCCUCAGAUAUUAAGAUUAGGACUCUAUCAAGUAUUCUAUAGUCUGCCCUUGGGUUUUUACGUCCAAGAUGCAUUACUUAUCCACAUUAAAUGUCAGUUGCCACAGAUCUGAACAUUUUUCUAGUUUACGUAAAUCAUUUUCUAUUUGCCUUAUCCCUCCUGGAACAUCAACCCUGUAACAUAUCUUAUUAUCAUUUGCAAAAAGACCUUACCAUCAAGACCUUAUGCAAUAUCACUAAUAAAAAUAUUAAAGCAAUGGGUCCAAUUACAGAUCCCCGAGGUACCCCACUGGUGACAUGACAUGUGCAUAGUCGUCCCCUAGGCAUAUUCCUAAUAAAUCCACCAUAAAAACACCCACCAACGAGCUCAAACAUACCAAACCAAUGCAAACAUAACUAUUACUCCUGAACUUGAACUUUCCCCUACUUACCAAGCCAACAUACCCCCAAUUUUUUCUAUCCAUCCCCACCACCGCACAGAGCUUUGACCACCUUAAUGCGGUGACCAUAUUCCACAGGUGGCUUUAGACGAGAAGCUAUUGAAAACGCUCCCCACCUGGAUAAUCUGACAUGCAAAAUUCAAGCGCCCCAUUAACGACUGCAGCAUGCAUAAGGUCUCACCACGGUCUGUUACAGCUGCUCGGACACUGGCAAUGAAGGCCUCCACAUCCCGAUCUGCAUCCAUGAUCCUGAAAAACAAAAGAGAAAAACUCCACACCAAUGUGUUGCAGCAACAACAAGUGGGAAUUAAAUUGAAAAGGAAUUCCCCCUAAAAUGGCCACUAUUUAUGUGGUUCUAGGCCAACCCAUUCCCAAAUUCCCUAAUCCACUCCCCCUAUCCAUAUGCCUGCCUCCUAGCUAAGUCAAGGCCCACUCCACUUAGCUUUGCUGUUUCCUGGGCUUCAAGCCAAUGCUUUGAAUACACUCCAUUGACUACAACCCUCUGUUGCCUGUCACUCAGCCACUGCCUUACCCAUUCAACAAUAUUGUAAUCCAAACUUAAAGAUUGCAGUUUAUUGAUAAGCCUUCUAUGUGCAACAGUGUCAAAAGCCUUACUGAAAUCUAGGUAAGCAAUGCCUACUGCACCAGCCUGAUCUAUUAUUUUAGUUACACAAUCAAAAAUAUCAAUAAGAUUAGUUUGGCAUGACCUCCCUGAAGUAAACCCAUGUUGUUUCUGAUCUUGAUAUCCAUGUGAUUUUAGAUGUUCAACAAUCCUAUCAUUUUAGUUCAGUGUUAAGUUAUUUUCUAAUGAUUUAAUACUGAAUGAGAGUCGUCUUCCUUUUCCAUGGGUAUAUCUUUAAUGAUUAAUCAUAAAGAGCAGCAUGGGUUGUAGAGAACUUAUAUAUGAAUUGUUUACAUAUAUCUGGAAUUAACAUAUUCCAAUUAAAUGUAUACUUCAAGCACAAUUAUUACUACAGUUUGUAGUACCGGUAGUUAUCGUACUAUGAACUUAUGGGUUUAGUCUCACAAUUGUUUUGUCAACAUUUUCAAAUGGGUUUGACAAAUUUAAAAAAAAUGUAUGUACAUGAAAAACUUACCCCUUAACUUGUGAACAGACUUUUCCUGCCCCUCUUCUUCAGCUGCCAUGAGCCAACGUCAGUGCUGUACUCUCGCGCAUGUGAAAGAGUACAGCAUUGAGGUCUAUGGAGGAUCCUGCUAGACUGUGCUAUCCUUCAGAGGAAGCGCUCUAAUUCCCUACAGCCGUUACUUGUGACUGCUGGGGAAAAUAAGAAGUUGACAGCGGUUAGCCUUUUUGUCAAGCUUGUGAAGUCCCAACUUUGUCUUAGUAUAUCUUUUGACUGGAUUGGAAUUUCAGUAAAAUUCAAUUCAACUGUUAAUCUGAGUAUUUCAUAAAGAUUCAAUAUUUAAGAAAUGCUCAUUGUUGAUAUGGGGUGAAAGAGCUGCUUUAAAGUGAUAGUUUUGCAAGUUGAAGUUGUGGGCUUUGGUUGCAAAAAUCCCUCUAUUAUUUUUAAGACCGACACAAAUUUGAGGGACUUGUCCUUAAUAAGUAGAAAUGGCUAUAUCCCUUUAAAAUUUUAAAUACCAUUUAAAAUGAUUUGCUAUUGUCUAAUGCAAAAUAUAUAUUGUGUUUCUUCUAGAAACAGGAGCAGAACAGAACUAUUAAAGGUGAGUAAUUUAGUUCAUGUUCCCAUACUAUUGGCGCCUAAUAUAAUAUAUUCUCCAGUUUAGCCUUCAUAUUUGUAUCAGCAACAGUGACCUAACAGCUAUCUCUAUGUAUUUUACUUUGUAUACAAUGUAGUUACACUAAGCUUGGAAUGUUGCCAGGUUCAUUCUCUGUGGAAGGCUGAAUAAUAUUUCUCAUACAUGUUGCUGAAUACUUUUUAAAUAAUAUAUGUGUUAACCCCUUAAGGACACAGCUUCAGAAGCUGGACAUACCCUUAAGGACACAAGCAAUUUUUGCAUUUUUUGCUUUGUGUUCAACUGCAAUUUGCAUCUCUCUCAUUUAUUGUACCAACACAUAUUAUAUACCGUUUUUUAGACAACAAAAAGGGCUUUAAAUUGAUGUGACAUAUACAUAUAUAAAUUCUCAUUUAUUACAAAAAAAUGCAAAAUAAUUGGGGGAAAAACAAAAAAAUGCUUUCCACCCCAAGUUUUGGCAAUAAUAAUGUGUGCAUAAUAUGUCCAGCUUAGGAAAAGUAAUUCAAAAUCAAUUCAUCUAUGUGUCUUGAUUUACAAAGUUUAUAAUAUGUGUAGGAUUUCAGUUUAUUUUGAAAGUUACAGGUCACAAACUACAAGGUCUAAAAUAAAAUUUCAGUGUGAAACAAUUUUAGAAGUUGGUAUGUUUGUCUUGGAAGUUUAAUACCCAUUACAGAAAACAAAAUUGCCACACAAAAGUAUAUAUUUAUAUAAAGUAGACAUCACAGGCUAUUUACCUAAGGUUAUUGUGACACGUUUUAUGUAGCCAUUUCACCGCCAAUCUCUGCUAAAUAUUGGAGAAAAAUUUAUUUUUUUCUCUAUUUUGGCAUAUACACAUAUAUCAAGGUUUUUGUAAUGUGUAUUUCGUAAACCUAGUGUGUGCUAUCCCUGUACAGAUCCCCAUAUAAUGUUCAGCUACAUCUGCUGAGUACAACAAUACCCCCAUUGUAUACCUUUGCCUCUAUUCUGUGAAGCUACAAUGCCAUAUAGGAGACCAUGCUAUUUCAGUUUCUAUAGUUGGAAUUUUCAUAGAUGGCCAAAUGUUUGUUUUUGUGGCAUGAUAGCCAUUUGACUGUUCAAAUAACCCCACAAAGGCCUUCCAUUUGAGAAAAAAGACACUCCAGGGUAUCUUAUUAGGCAUAUAUUAUACAUUAACUUGCCACCUUUUUUUCACCAAUUUAUUUCAAAUUAUGUGGUGAGAAAAAUUUUUUACAUUUUUUUACAUACAUGUUGCAUUUUCACUGGGUAUUUCUUACAUUUGAUAAGUGCCACUGUCAUAAAUUCCCCCUAUGUAUGCUCAGUUACCUCUUCUGAGUAAAUCAAUAAGCCCAAUGUAUGACCUAGACACUAUGUUGUGAAGUUACAGUGCUGUGAAAGAGACGUGACAAGUUCAGGUUUUUAAGUGUGAAUUUACAUGGAGGGUUUUAAUGGGUCCAUAUUCUAUUUUGAAAUAUGUUAGCAGGAUGCUUUUUCCAACUACCCCAAAAAAGCAUACUAUUUCUUAAAGAAGACAUACAAGGGUAUUUCAAAAGGCAAAUUUUGAACCUUUGCGUGGGAUCAUUUUUCCGCUAGCUUGUAUCAAGUGUAGUUGUAAUAAGCAUUUUUUUUUCUGCCUUUUUGACACACAGUGAGUUUGUACUGUAUAUUUUGCAAACCUUAUGUUUGCUACGGCUUUAUAAUACUUUAUAUGUUGCUCAGCUAUGUAGUCUGAGCACAGCAAUACCCCCAUAUGUAGCUUUGCCAGGUAUAUGUGGACCUUGAAGGGGCAUAUUUGAGACACAGCCAUUUAAGAUUUUUUACCGCACUUUGGAGUUUUCUUAAAAGGUUAAUUAUUCCAACUUCUCCAUAAAGAAAUAAUUUUUCCGCUAGCUCAUACCAAGUGUAGUGGUAAUAAACAUUUUUUUAUGCCUUUUUGACAGACUCAAUAAGUUUGUAAUAUAUAUUUUGCAAACCUUAUGUCUGCUACAGCAGUAUAACACACCAUAUGUUGCUCCGCUGUGUCAUCUGAGUACAGCUAUACCGCUGUAUGUACCUUUACCAGGUAAAUGACAACGUUGAAGGGGCACAUUUGAGACACAGCCAUUUAAGUUAGAAUUUUUACGCUGCGUCCAUGCCCCACUUUGGAAUUUUUUUAAUAGGUUGUGUUUUCUAAUUACUUUACAAAGACACACCAUUUCCUAAAGAAGACACUCCAGGGUGUUUCAAAAGGCAUAUUUGAAACCUUAGCCUGGUAUCAUUUUUUCGCUAGCCUGUAGCAAGUGUAGAGGUAAUACGCAUUUUCCCCCUUUUUGAAAUUUUUUCCCCCUUUUAGCUUUUAACAACUUAUUUUAGUAUGUUAAAACUUUGUUUAAACGUUUCAGUUUUUUUUCCCACUUUUUAUUGUUUUUUUUUAAAAAUCUUUUAACCCCUAACUAGCCUAACAGUAAAUCCUCUAAUUUCCCCACUAACUUUUACCCACCCUAGCUAAAUAAAUACAUAUUUUAAAAUAUUUUAAUUAAUUAAAUAAAUGUAACCCCUGAGGAUUAAAAAAAUAAAAGUUAACCCUCAGGGGUUAAAAGAAAAAAAUCAGAUCACAGUGAAAUACUGUGAUCUGUAUUUUGAUCACUGCAGGCAGUGAUCAAAGGGCAGGGAAGGGGUUAAAUCACACGGGGAGAACGCCGCGUAUAAUGAUACACACCUGGGGUAAGUCACUUUUCUAUAAUGCAUAUGUGUAUAUAUUCAAGUUCAUUUCACUUUGUAAAUUGUCACUUUAUCCUGAGGAAGGUCCCUGCGUGGACCGAAACGUCGAUUUUUGUUACUAGAUGAAAUAAAUAAUUUAUGCAUGAGAAGACCAUAAGUGCAGCCCAUGCUUUCACUAUUUAGGUAUAUAUGUAUAUAUAAACGUCCCAGAGAAAUGCACUCAGAGGACUUGUAGUCUUGUGCAAUAUAUCCUUUACUUGUGCAGAGAUACAUUCAACAUUUCAGUCCGCCUUGGACUUUUUUCACAAAUAAAGGAUAUAUUGCACAAGACUGCAAGCCCUCUGAGUGCAUUUCUCUGGGACAUUAUAUUGGGGCACAAAAUAGCACAGAGGAAAGAACAGGACAGGAACAUGAGUGCCAAGCCCAUGUUUCAUAUAUAUAUAUAUAUAUAUAACAUACAAAAUACACAAUCAAGCGCACUCGCCUUUUCACUAAACAAUUAUUUAAAUCUCACAGAUUGUAAUAGUUUUACUUAAAAACACCUAACCUAGGCAAAAGUAAUUGGAGUUUAGUUUCAUUAUAUGAUCAUAUAUUGCAUAAGCCUGCCACAACGUCAAUGUACCCCAUUCUUGGCAGGUCCUACUCUAGCAGCCUAAUGCUAGCUUUGAAACAAUCACCUUUAUUCCAGAGCCUUGCGGGUCUGCUGGUGCUGGCGCUGGAGCCAAACACAGUGCACAAACAUGUAUUCCUGACCCUAUAGUGUUAAAACCAUCAUCUAGCCCCCCUGAGCCCCCUUUUCCUCCCUAAAUAUAGUAAAAUCUUACUUCUAUUCAAGUCUGCAGCUGCUGACUCUGCCCCGUCUGCUUUUGACUUGCCUGUUGACAUCAUGAGAAGUGGUGGUCUAAACCAAUCACAAUGCUUUCCCGUAGGAUUGGCUGAGACUAUCAAGGAGGCAGAUCAGGUAUAGAACCAGCACAAGUCAAACACAGCCCUGGCCAAUCAGCAUCUCCUUAUAGAGAUGAAUUGAAUCAAUGCAUCUAUAUGAGGAACGUUCAGUGUCAGCAUGCAGAGAGUGGAGACACUGAAUGGCUGUGCCGCUCACUGUGCAGCACUGCCCCAGAAAGCACCUCUAGUAGCUAUUUGAGGAGUAGUCAGUGGAGUUAUCCCUAGACUGUAAUGUAAACACUGCAUUUUCUCUAAAACAGUGUCUGCUACAAAAAGCCUGAAGGGAAUGAUUAUACUAACCAGAACAAAUACAAUACGCUGUAGUUGUUCUGGUGACUAUAGUGUCCCUUUAAUGGCUGUGCGGUAUGGUUUUUAGGAACCACCGAGAUCAGAAGACAGUGACCCACUCUGUGAUUGAUAAGGAAACCAAUUCACAGCCUAAUGCAGUGUUCAUUCUGCAGGACACAUGUUCUGAUCUACACAUAUCAGAAGAGAUAAGGAUGAGAUUCUGUCAUCUUGCUCAAGCUUUGUACGUUUCCUGUAAUCUAAUAAAGUUACAGCGCUAUUUCUGGCUGAUCAGCUGUUACAAAAGACUGCUGAGGCUAAAUUCAGCCAAUCAUUUCAGGAGGGUACGGAGCAAGUACAAGAUUUGAAGACAGGGGGUAGUGGUUCAUACACAGCACUCCUGUUGAAAACAAUGGGAAGGACAGAAUUUUUUGGGGGGGAAAUCUGAUCUCCACAACAUCCUGGUCCCUGCAGUAGCUGCUGAUUUUGCAGCAAAAGAGAAAAAAAAGUAAAUGUUUACCAAAGCAAAAACUGGUGCUAUUCAGAAGCAAAGUACUAAAUAAUCAUCAAUAGAAUGUCUCUCACAGGGUAAGUCAAUAAAGUGAGAAUUCAAAGUGAAUUUAAAAUUUAAGUUGAAAAUAGUCAAACUGAAAGAAUUUCGUCUGAAACAGUUAUGCUAUCACUCUGGCCCUAAACUUUAAAUGCACUUUGAAUUCUCACUUUUGUACCCACAAUAGCACCUGUCUCACUUGAUGAUAUCCGCUAGAGUCAUUAAAAACUGGGAGUCAGCUCGAGCUGGGGGAGUCCUUUCAAACUCCUAUUAAUAGGUCCCUUAUCCUUUAUCUACAAUUCUACAUCUAGUAAUUAUUUAGUUUAAAUUAAAAUGACUACACAGACCUUCGUAUUUCUAGGCAAUCUAAUAAUACAUAAUAGCCCAUAGCUGUGUUUGUGCUUGUUGUAAUUGGUUACUAAACAGCUUGUGCACUGCUUUGUGUAUGUUUUGUAACCACCAACCAAGUGGUUUCAUUUACAUCUCCUUAUCAAUAUAUAUCUGUAACACAUCAUUGGUUACCAUAACUGAAGAUUGGUAUCUAACAGACAAUCUAGCUAAAAGAUUAGGAACCCAAGACACUCCUUCCUGAAUUGAACUACCACUCCCAUCAUUCUUAGCUUUCCUCAUUUUACACAUUUGAAAAAUCUAGUUACACACGUUUAGGGUUGUGCAAAAACAGUAACCUAUGUAUUCUCCGAUGUACACAAUUUCCAGUGUAACCCUGUCAUAUAUCACAUAAGCAUUUUGUAAAAGGUGUGUGCAUUCAUUUUUGAGAGUGUCACUUUCACUUGGUCACUUUAACGUGCAAUAAGCAAAUACCACAUAGAUAGUGUACCCUACUGAUCCAUCUGACUCUACAAGUUCUGACAAUUAGCAUACUCAGUUACUAAAUCGUCUUAUUGUAAAUGUGCUCAUAUAUAUUAGGAGCCCGUUGCAUUUACCUAUGCUAAAGUAGGUACGUACUGUAUCGAUACCAAAGGCAUGGACAACUGUGAGACAGGCCAGUAUAAUGGCCAUCAUGUAUUGGAACUCCCACUGUUAGUAAACUUCAGAUAACAACGGUUUGACUCCAUUUUGACUCGCAGCAACAGUGGACUCAUUUUUUGACUCACAGCAACAGUGGACACCCUUGUCUAACUAAGCUUGUACAAUGUAAGAUAUACAUUUAUCUAGUGACAUGAACAAGAUAUUUUCAUUAAAUCCACUGCAAACUUAAAAUUCUUGUGACGCAAUAGUGGAAAUAAUUGAAUCCAAUAAUGUGCAGUCAGGCUAUUCGAUAUCAGUUCCCUCUUUUUCAUCAAGACUUAUGACAUUGCAUGGUUGGAGAUGAUUAGUAUUAUUAUAAUUAAUCUUAAUUAAUUUUGCAUAUUGAUGGGGAAUAUACAUUUGUAGUCUAAUAUCAAUUAUUUUAGUAAUUAUUUGACUGGGCAUGUUUAUGAACUUGUGAAAUAUUACAAAAAUACAAAAUUCGAUCUAAACACAGUUGGGCUGAUUAAUCUAACAAUGCAGUAUCAAAUCUUUAUCAGUAUACAGUUUAAUAAGUAAUUGGACAGCAGUUCGAGAAAACUUUAGAGUUUUAUACAUUUUACUGCUCUUACCUUAAUGUGCUUGUGAUUGGCCAACAUUGUUUUGGAAGUGUUAAUUGAAUAAUUUAAAAUGUUGCCUUUGAUAUAUAAUUUUGCCAGAGCACCUAUGAUCCCCUACAUCUGGAUAUCCCUGUAACUCGCGAGCAGUUAAAUCACUAUCGGAGAAUUGCUGAAAAUGCCCACAGUGAGCUGGCCGCUCUACAUGUAAAAUAUGAGAGCACACAGUCAGAGGUAAGUUUUGAUUACAGCAACAUAUUUUCAUUAUAUGUACAAAUAUACUUGUGAUGAAUAAAGUACAGAGAGCUCUUUUUGGACCCACAUAAAGUUUGCUGUGCGGUAUAUGUUUUUUGACCAAAACAUUAAACACGUUAUUUAAGAUGACCAAAGGACAGAAUCACUUUGUAUAAAAGCCAGAGCGAGAGAGAGAGACAGAGAGAGAACACGAUAAAGAACAAUAGCAGCCAGUGGGCAAAUAAUUAAACAGAGAGGUUUUACACCUCCCCAUGCCACGUGUGGGGACAUGUCUACCAAACAGCGAUUAGCCAGUGGCCACUUGACAAUAAAAGACUAGAGACUGGGCAACCAUUAGUGUCCAAUUACGGUCGAUGUGCCUCAACAGCCAUUGCUGUGUCUCCAUUGGAUAAGGGCUUCAAAUUAAAGGACAAAAUAAAUAAAUAAAUAAAUAAAUAAAUUAUAAUAAUAAAAAAAAAAUAACACUAAGUCCAGAUGCAACAUGUAAAAUGAUAAAAGUGCAGCAAAUCCAUUGUUUUCCCAGUGAGGGAUCUGCACAGACUGAAUUUGCAUGACAGGACAAGCCCUUAUUAGGGCUUUCUCACAAUUUUAAAUAUCUAAUCAGUGAGAGCUCAGAGUCCUCUGAGUUAUCUUAGGACAUGCACAGGUAUUUUCAGUUCAGAUCUUCCUGCCAUGUCCUCCCGCCGUAUGAAGAAAGCUGCCCAGUCACUAGUCUUUUAUUACAGGGAUGGUGCAUGGGUUCAUGGGAGAGGUGUAAAGCUGUCAUUGUAUUAAUGUGGAGGUCAUAUCAAACCCCUAAAGCCUUUUUAUUAUUAUUUUUAUAAUGGCCUACAGGUUUAGUCAUUAAAAAAGGCUGAUAAAUGUGUUUCCGAUUUACAUUUCUAAGACAAUUUUUAAGCUAUCAGCCCAUUUAUCAUAUUCAGCUGCUAGAAUUUAAUCUAGCAUUAAAGGGACACUAUAUUCAUUAAAACAACUUUAGCUUAAUGAAGCAGUUUUGGUGUAUAGAUCAUGUCCCUGAAGUUUGGUGUAUAGAUCAUGUCCCUGAAAUUUUAGGAGUUAAAUCACCUUUGUUUCUGUCCAUGCAGCCCUAGCCACACCUCCCCUGGCUGUGACUGACACAGCCUGCAUGAAAAAAAAUAUUUUUUACUUUCAAUCAGAUGUUACAUACUCAUACAUAUCUCACACUCUCUAAAUUGAACCUUAAUCUCACACAGGAUGCUCCUGUAGGAUCUAGUAAGCUAUUAACAGUGCAGGGGAUAAGACAUUGUAAAUUAAACAGAAUUUGCUAUAAAAGCAGUAUAACCAUUAGAUGAUGCUUUACAGGAAGUGUUAAGGGAUGCUGUGCAAGUCAUGUGCAGGGGUGUUUGUCUAGGGUGCAUAAACAAAGUGGUUUAACGCCUAAUUGAGCAGUGAGACUGCAGAGACAUGAUCUACACACCAAAACUGUUUCAUUAAGCUAAAGUUGUUUUGGUGAUUAUAGUAUCCCUUUAAAUCCAGUAAAAAUUUGAUAAAAAUAUCGGCGAAAAUAGUCAAUAUUGAUCGCCGAUUCUCAGCCAAUAAAAUGAAAUUGAGGCCAUGGUACUGUAUGUGUUUCAGUAGGCAAACUGAGUAAUUAAAGUUCACAAAAAUGUCCAUAUGCAAGACCCGCAGAAAAUGAGUGUUCUUAGAAGGAAAAUGUUUCAACUGUAUUAAAUCAAACCACUUUAUGGUAUGAUUUACCUGCACCAUAAGAGCAAAUAGAACAAGUAGAAAUAGAAAUAAGUGCUCACUAAAAUGAGGAGAGAUAGGUGGACAGCAGUAAAUCUCACUAACAAAACAGACAAUAGCAAACAGGGUGAUGAACCGCGAACCAAAAACAAUAAGAUUGAACAAAAAUUGUUGAUAUAUAACAGAAGAUAUGUUUACAUCAGUUUAUAUUCAGUCUACAUACGCAGCAAUAGGAUGAUUUCUGUAACCUUAAAGGAAGAAGAAAUGGACAAAAAAAAUAAUGCAAUAUAAAACAGUAAUUUGGACUAUUUGAGGUAGGUAUAUAGAGUGCUAACUCACAAUUGGUUGAGCUAUUAAGAGCUCUGCUGUUAUGCGCCUGGACGGUACAAUCCCCGUCUUUGUUUAUUUGUAGCUCUGUUCUGUUGUUCUAUCCGUCCAAUAUAUAUGGGAAAACACAAUAGAGAGGUUUUAUGGUGUAGUAUGUAAGUACACAAAGUAAAAAAUAAAAGGCAGUAUCCUACUUACAAUAUUCAGAGCAAUGGCCUGCUCCGGUGUGGAGAGCGUUGGUGGUAUUAUCCCUACCUAAGAUAUACAGGAUACAUCAGGAAAUGAUGAUAGGAAUGUAUUGAAUAAAAUAAAAAUAAUAAAAUGAAGAUAUACCUUUAAAAUUAUAAAUACUUUAUUAUUAAUUUUUUUUUAAAUAAUAUAUAUAUAUAUAUAUAUAUAUAUAUUAAAUUUGGAGUAGAUUCUUCCAGUACCAACACUUUAAGAGCAAAUCAAUUGCUACAGUGGAGAAUAGGGAAAAGGGAGUGAAAAGGGAGGCCUAAUUGUGGAAUUUGUCUGCCAAACAGUGGUGUCCCUGGAACAUGUUAAGUUUAGGUAACUUCUGAUGUUCCAGUUGCAGAGAUGGAUUAACAGAGGAUUGUAGUUAAGUGACAGAAUUGUGCAAAAAAUGAAAAAUUUUAGAACAAUUCCCCAACUUUUCCCCAACUUGACUAUGUAGUGCAGCAGGGGGUCUGACAGAAGGGGGGCAAUUGUGGCUUGAGCCGCCGCCUUGUAGAUGUCAUGGUCGGCAGCCUCACAGUUCCAUUCCUCUGUGGAUUAAAUAAGGAUGUCUAUUGGCAGAAUACUGCUGGAGUGGGGCAGCAGGUAGGAUUUUUGUGGUCUUUUGCUAGCCCACUAAUGUGUUGGUUUAUGCAGUGGCUGGCUGUUAGUGUUCUCCAUUCCUAGGCUGGGCUUCUGAUAUUUCCAGAGUACGAUGAGAAUGCAUAUAUGUUGUCCACGGAGGUAUUUGUAAGAUGGCUGUAGUAGGGAUAUAUGAUAUUAUGCCUUACAAUUCUUGGAGCCUUGAUCUGUCAAAUCUAUAUAUAUUGAUUCUGCUGUGUGAAAAUUCCCAAAGCUUAUGUUGUAAUAAAAAAAAAAUAAUCACGUACAAUUCUUUGGGAAGAUAAACAUCUUUCCCUACUGUAGUACUCGUCUCAAACCCAGGGAAGGCUGGCCGGUUUUGCAUUUUUUGUGGGAUGUGUAUUAUUGUAUGUUGUAAAACCGUUUAUGAUACCGUUACCAGGGAAAGGGUUCAAACAAUUAUCUCCUUCACUUAUGCACUUAUUCAAGGUAAUGUCUCUUGUCUGGCAUCCCCUUCUUAUUUAACGGAUUUAAUUCCUGCAACACAUGAAUUCAGUGCACUUUCAUACACUAUCUAACAGCACGUACAGGUGAAAUACAUUUCAUGGUGAAUUCUCUUCUACAUCUGUUUCUGUUAUUACCUCCUGUAUCUGUCUAUUCUCCUUUCACUUUUCUACCCUGUCUUUUGUUUCAAAUUGUUUUUAUUUUGCAUGUUAAAUGGUAUCAGACAUAGAUCAUUUGCGAAGAAUUGAUGCACUGUUGCCUUCGCAGAGGCACAAUAAAUCAGAUAAUAGACAUAUAGUGCGUUUGGUUGCCUGCGCAGAGGCAUAAAAGGCUACAAAUAUAGGCAUCAUUUGAUCAGCCGCGUCUAACCAAUUUCGGCAUAGUGCACUGCACAGAAAUACUUAGUCUGGUUUGAUUAAUGGCAAUUUACUUACACAUAACUGUAAUGCUUAUAAUAACAAGGUUUGUGAAUUUAUGUUGCUUAAAAUUAAUGGUUCUAGUAAUACGGAUUAUCUGCAUGUUUGAAGCUUAAUUUAGAAAAUCAAAUAAAGUUUGCGGUCACAUGUUAAGCUUGGAUUACCUUUGCCCUCCGGCCUAAGUGCUUUGUACAUGUUGAGAGAAUUAUGGUGUUGGAUAGCAUACAUCAGUAUCAUGUAAAACAUGGCCUGUAUAGGUUAAGCGAAACAGCUAAUUUGCAUAAUAAUCAUAUGGCAGAGGCAUGUACCGCAAAGCGUAUUGUUGAUCAGUUAAAACGGUCAAUGCCUGGUAAGGCAAAAAGGUUACGUUGUGUGAACAUAUGUUGCGUAUGCUUAGCAGUACCCAUAAUACAAAUUGAAUUUGCUUGGUUUACAGUUGCCCUCUGGCUUAGCGCAUGUUGAGAUAAUUAGAAUGAUGAACAGCAUAUAUUUGUGUUAUGCAAAGCAUUGCCUAAGUAAGCAGUGUGGAACAACACCUUUAUGAUCGUUAAUUCUUUGUGUCUUGUGGCAGCGCCUAAACAAUUAUGGUGCAGGCGAGCAGUACUAAGAAAUGCGGAAAGAGUAAGGAUCAGUGUUAUGGAUACUUAUAUAGGGCGCAGCUCGCGGGGAGAGGGCUUUAACUGUUUAAAUCAGUAUAGCGCGCUGUGCUGAAGCCUCAUUAAUGGUCCCAAAAAGUUAUAGCAAUGCAUUAAAAAAUGCCUAACCGUUAUACGCCCAGGUAGCGGUCAGAGCAGGUCUUCAUAAUGUGCGAGCUUUAUAUAGUUAAUAUUGUAACGUGCGUCAUUUAACAACAGUUAACUAAGGCCCCUGAGGGAAACGUAAAGCAAAUAAUAACUGUUUUGUGCAUAUUAAAGCAACAUCAUACACUAACUAGAGCAGAAGGCUCCCAGGUGUUCUGUCCUCUUAACAGGUUAUUAUUGUGGAGCUUCUCAGGCGUUCAGACACGCAGGGAGGUCAGUUUGUAUGGUCAGUCCCGUGAUCUUUGCUGUGUAGUGAAUUCUCCUGUCGUUAACAGCGUGUAUCCACUCAGUCCACAAGCAUUGGGGGGCCACAGAUACAACCCUUCCGAAGGGGGGGUCCGACUGCAGAUGCAUUCGGGCUGAUCCCAGGGGCGCCGGCAUCCCCCUAGGUUGCGCCAAGCCUCCAUCCGGGAGAUCUGCAGCACAGCACGCACUUGGGGCCCACGGGUGUUACAUCCACGGGACAGCUUCUGAAGGCAAGGCAGUACUGUUGGGGGCCGUUAAGUCCAGGGUGCGUAUUGAUCUUGUAGCGUAGGCAAUAAUCAUCCCUUAACUUUGGGUGAAGAUAUCGGGCAGGCCGCGGUUAGGCAGUCUGUGCCCGUGCAGGAGGUCAGCGUGCACCAUGGGUGGCUGCGUCCGUUCCAGGGCGUGCAGCCUCCAUGUGGCCGGGAUUACCCCUGCCGGCCAGGGGGGGAGGACGGAGCGGGGCAGCAGCUCUCGCCAGUGUAAAUCUCCACCAACGUCCGCAUGGCUGGUGUGCUUUUUCCUCCGGCCAGGCAAUCAGGCGUCUGUUCUCUGUCUGCAGCUGUCCUCAUGCAGGCUUAUGCAGGUGUGUAGGCCAGGUUCAUCAGUCUCGGUGUUCCCCGUGAAUUUUUGGCCGUAGUCUGGUAUCAUAUGGGUGCUUGGGUAGUACCCCAUUGCGUUGAAGCAUGUAAUCCGGCCCUGGGGCAGGUUGUGAGCGAGUUUUGUGCCAUUGUUUAGGGCUUAAGCUUGGAGCCGCGUUGCUCUGCUGCCGUGCUGCUUGGCGGCCUGGCCCGGCCCCCCCUACCCUGUCUUUUGUCUUUCCUCCAUUUUGAUCUCACUUUUCAUGCUCUCACUUUUUCAAACUGCAUUUCUGCAAUGGAUUGCUGUUUUAGAGCCAAAAUCCAACUAUAGACUCUCAUGUAUUAACCUUUUGGGGCUUGUCAGCAUGGUACUAGUUCUGGUUUAGGAUUUGAUGUCGUUUUGCUGGGAUAUAGCUAAGUACCAAAUAAGUUGUGUUGGGAGCAAAGUUUGAUAAAGCACCCUACUGAUUCAAAAUGUGUUCUUGCACAUAAUCUACAUAUCUCAAGUAGGACUUUUUCCAAGGUCCUACUUGGCAAACAGUAUGACCUUGGGAAAGUAAAACAUCAUACUAAUUGGUUCUUUGUCUACUAUGGUUUUAAUUAACAUGUUUUUCUUACAUUUUAAGUUGUUAGACCUUCGGUCCAAGCUUUCUGCCAAAGAAAUCUCUCUCCAAGAAUGUAAGGCAGAAAUUGACAAUUAUAAGGAAAACACUGCAAGACAAUCAUCAAUGAUUGCAUCUUUACGAGCCAGAAUGCAGGAAACAGAGGAAGAAUCAGGAUUGCUUGCUACCUCAAAGACAAGAGCGGAUUUAGCCAUGCAGACAGUUCUUCAGGAAAAUCGAGACAUGAAAGAAAAAAUUCAUGAAUUUCAGUCUAGAUUAAAGUAAGAAAUACAUUUUUCCCCCCUAAAUUUUCCUGUGAACAUGGUUGGCAAUGAAGUUUAACUUUUUGGGUUUAAUAAUAAAUAUAUACAUUAAUAAUAUUAGAUGCUGUUUAUAGCUUUUGUGUUUUAUCAAUCUUAUGUCAUGAAAAAAAUGGUAAAGAUGGGAUGCAUCAAGCCUUUUCCCAAAGAGUCAUUUUGUCUACAACCCACCUGGAUUGUAUAUGUAAAUGAUAGAAAGUAUUUAAAUGAAUCCAAACUAUCAAAAUAUGCAACUCAAGAUCCUAUCAGAAUUCCUAUAAACAGUGAUUUUUUUUUUAAUCCCUCAGUUUGAGUAAUUUGAGUACUCUGAGGAACACAAGCUAAACAUUUACAUCCCUAAACACCAUUUGCUAUAUAGAUUGUAGCAUUGAAUAGCAUUUUCAUAGUAACACUGCAGAUCUUAAUGGCCACAAUCAGUAUUUCACAGUGAUACAUACUGGCACUGGCAUGACUAUACUAUAGCUAGAUAAAUUCCACAGAGUGAUGUUUGACACAAUGGCAUUUAGGCAACAGUAUUAAUUGCUAUUUGCAGGAUAAAUUGUCACUUUAAAGCAGGGGUGCCCAAAAUUUUGAUUCCCAGAAGUUGUAGAACUUCAACUCCCAUGAUGCUUUGCAUGCCUUACGAAUGACAAAUUGUCGUGGAAGCGGUAGUUUUAAAACAUCUUGGGAUCUAACUUUUGGACACCCCUGUUUUAAAGUAUUAUUUUUGUUGUUAUUCAAAUAGUAUUAAACAUGUUAGAACACAUUAGCUUCAGUAAGUUUAAUAAAUACUUUCAUUUUAAUAUUUAGUACAUAUUUGGCUCAGUGGGAGGAAAGCAAGAGUCAAGCGUCACGAUACAGUAGAAGUCACGGGCAUUUCUUGGAUCAGCUCUCUGCCUGCUUGGAUGUUAACCUCAAAGGAACAGAUGAGUCUGAAGAAAUUAUGAUAUCCAAGGUAAUAAUACAAAAAGCAUAACUAGCAACAACAUACAUGAGGAUUAAGCGUCUAUUUCAAAGAGCAGAUUGUGGAAGUUAUUAAAGGAUCACUAUAGUGUCAGGAAAACAAAGUGGUGCCUCCAACCUCAGGGUUCCCCUCCCGUGGCGCUGAAGGGGUUAAAACCCCUUCAGUUACUUACCUUAUUCCAGCGCCGGGCUCCCUCGGCGCUGGUGACCUCUCCUCCCCCGCCGACGUCAGCUCCCUCUGCCGACGAUUUCUCAAUGCUUUCCUAUGGAUGGUCUGGGCGAUGCCACCAGCGUCGCAGAUGCGACUCUAGUGGCUUUCCGGAAGACAGCCACUAGAGGCUUGGCUUAACCCCAAAUGUAAACAUAGCAGUUUCUCAGAAACUGCUAUGUUUGCAUCUGAAGGGUUAAAACCUGAGGGACCUGGCACCCAAACCACUUAAUUGAGCUGAAGUGGUCUGGGUGACUAUAGUGUCCCUUUAAGAAUGUAUGUAUGUUGAUAUAUAUCUCUGUCUAUCUCUCUCUCUCUCUAUCUAUAUAUAUGUUUAUAUGUAAUAGAGAGAGUAAUUCUGAUGCAAAACCAGAUUUAAAUAACACAAGAUUUUAGUUUGUUGUUAAAUAUAUCUAAGAUCCUCAAAUUGUGGUCAUAUUGAGCUACCCAGGGAUCCAUGACAAUAUCUCAUUAUGUCUAAAAGCUUUCUGGAUGUUUUUUUUUUUUUUUACACAGCUCUUUUGAAUCUGUGUGCCCCCCACCAAGUGUAAUUACAGAUCCCAUUUUCUCUAGAGACAUGAAAAUCUAGCAUUGAGACAUAAUGGACAACCAUUGAGCGCUUGAAGGAAAAUUACUGUGCAGAUAGUUCCUCCCACUAAACUUUUUAUGUUGAAUUGGAGUAUAAUGGCUAUUAUAUAUAAUGGCUAUAAAGUGUCAACGCACCUUGAACUUUAAAAAAACAAACAAUUACUUACAUUACAUUAUUUACAUUUACUUUAAUACAUUUUAUUUUUUUAUACUGACUAACAGCUGCGUGGCUUCUAGUUAUAUCCAGCUGCAGACUCCAACAGCUUCCGUUUUGUCAAGAUUAACUAGAUUAAUGAUGAUGCUUUAUAAAAAUUGAUUCAAUGCAGGCAAUGCAGUACAGGGAGCUAAUAGCAACAGCUUAAAUGCAUUAUAAAAUACCAAACUUAUUUUAUUCUCCCACAUAUAGGUUUAAAAAAGCAUGUGAAGUAGCGAUAUACCAAAUAGCAGCAACCUACGUGUUUUGUACCUUUUCUACUUUAACUCUUUGAUUGCGGACAAUUACUUUUUGUUUUGGCAUUAAUACUCAAGUCAGACAAUGCAACCUGCUGUCUAUCUCCUUAUCUGACUUCUUCUGGCAAUAUGACUGAAUACACAACGUGCACAUUUUGACUGUCUCUUGCAGGUUACAAUAACCAUCAAAAAAUGAAAUGACAGGAAUAACUAUAAAUUAAAAGCAGAUGUGUACGUUUUGCAAAUUUGCAAAUUCAUUUUGUUUCAAUACGCUCUGGUGGUUUAAACUGUGAAAUAUAUAGAUCAAAUAUAAUCUGUUCUUUUAAGAAACGUCAUCUGAGAUUUAAUUGCAUUCACCACAGAUGUAACAGUAACCUAUUGUUAUUUAUGUUUUAUGACAGGUGAAGGAGCUGCAGAAACAAAACGUUGAAUUGAAGGGUCGUGUGGCUACUCUUGAAGGAACUAUUAAUGUCCAUGAGACGGAAUCAAAAGCCAGCAGAGAAACUAUCAUGAAGCUAGUUAAAGAAGUUAAAAGAGAGCAAAAAAGGGGUUCGUCAUUCACUCAACAGAUUGACAACCUUCAUAAGGUGUGUGAAUUCUGAUCCUACUGUGCGUGGAAGAAGGAUAAUCAUUGUGUAUGACUAUAAACCAUAUAUAAUUUUAAUAAAAUUUAAUAAAUAUUUUUUUUAAGUAUAACCUACUUAAAAAUUACAAAAUAACUUUUUUUUUCCACUAGAGUUUUAAGAGAUGUACGUUAUUGUAAUUGGCAAACUGUACAUAACCUGUAUAAAUGCAAGAAUCUGAUCAUAGUUACAAGAUGAGUUUUCUGCUUGCUUAAAUCCCAUUUGUUGGGGUCGGCUGGUGAUGACGUAGGCGGGUGCGUGUCUACGUGAGAGGAGGGGAUAUGUAGUGGAAGGGCGCCCGGCGGUGUUUUUUUGGCGGUUCGAGCGGGUGAUUUAGCCGACGACAUCCGACAUCUGAGGCGAGACUAUCGGGUUCUCUCUUCAUUCCGGCGAAAAUUGAGUGGCAUCCGGAGCUCUCGAGCAGAGACGCAGGGGAGAUCUGGCGAGGAGAGAAAAUCUAUAGUGGCUGCAAAGAUAAGUCUGCUACAUGCUUUAUUGAUAUUAUUAAAGACCAAGAGAGUAAUAAUGGCAUUGAGAGAGUGAAAGAGAGAAGGGGGGUGAGGAGGAUAGAAAACAGAAAUUAGAAGAAUAUUGUUUUAUAAAACACCAGGAGAGGAGGAAAUGGAGGAAAUGGAGGGGUGAAUUUCCCCAAAGAGAAAAAAAAUAAGUGAAACAGGUUUAUAAAUACUGAGAAUUAUGACUUAAAGUUUUGUUGCCUAAAAAAAGAAAAAGAAAAGAAAAGAGAAAGAAAGAAAGAAAAGGGAAAGAAGGGAGAUAAAAAAAAAAGUAAGAAAAGAGAGUUUCCUAAAAAAGAGGAGGGGAAAAAAAAGAAGAAAAGAGAAAAGUGAAACAAGAGUCAAGAGGGGGAAAGGAAAGGAAAGAAAAAUAGAAAGAAAGAAAGAAAAAAGGGAAUAACAAAAGAAAAGAAGAUUUUUUUUUUUAUUUUUUUUUAGGGAAACAAAAUGGCAACUAGAAAGCCACAGGAGGAAAGAAAAAAAAGAGAAAAAAAAGAUAACAUUACUGAUAAAAGGUUAUCAGGUUAUUUCUCCCCUCCUCCAAACAAAUCUCAAUUGAAUUUGAAAAUCAGGAUAAUUCCCCUCCCCCCAAACCUAACUCUAAUCCCUCUCAUGUUGCACAGGCUGGUAAACCUCUAACUGAAGAGACUCUAAUUAAUUACCUGGAUAAAUUACAGGACAAUAUUAAAGAAGACAUCCAAAAAGGAUCAUUAGAUUUAAAACAAGAGAUAAGAAAUAUGAAAGUACAAUUGGAAUCUAUAGAGUCUAAGAUGAUCCAAACAGAUCUUAAAAAUGUACAUAUAGAGUUAUUAAUGACAGACCUGCAAUCCAAGGUAGAAUUAUUAGAGGAUAAAAUAAACGACUUGGAACAUCGUUCCAGGAGAACUAACAUAAGAAUCCGUAAUAUUCCUGAACAUAUUAACGAAUCAACAUUGAAAAAUUUUUUAAUCGAAUACUUUGAAACAGUACUAUCUCAAGCUGGUUUACAAGACUCAGAAUUAGAAAGAUAUCACAGGUUACCUAGACCCAGAAAUGUGGCUGAAUCAUUACCGAGAGAUGUAAUUGUUAAAUUUCAAUCUUUCUAUAUUAAAAAUCAAAUAAUGAGUUCUCUGAGAAGUAAGCCAGUUACAGAAGAGAGAUUUAAGAACUUGAAGGUUUUCCCGGAUCUAUCUUUCCAAACAAGAGCAUGGCGGAAAAGUUUUAUUCAGGAACUAGCCAUAUUAAGAUCUAAAGAAGUGAAAUACAUAUGGGGAUUCCCUAAAUGCCUUAGGAUCUUUUGGAGAGGAAAAAAUGAAAAAUUCAUUACUCCGGAUGCCUUGAGAAAAUGGAUGGAAGAGCAAUCAAUAGUGGACGUCAUAUAAUUCGGGACAAUAACUAAAAACCGAAGAGGAUUCGCAGUUGUCUGGAUGAAAAAGGACAAUUAAAAUAUAAAAUAUAUAUUUUAUUUUUUUUGUUAGGGUGAGGCUGGGUCUUUAAGAAUUAAUAGAUACUAUGAAAGCAUGGAGAAAGAUAAAGCUAAAGAAUAAGUGUUAAUAAUAAGUGAAUGGUGGGUUUAUUAUUAGUACACGUUUGAGAAGGAUGGUAAGAGUUAGUACUUUAAAGGAUAAAAUAAUCAUAUAGAGUGGGUAAAUUUAUAAAAUUGGUAGCUUAACACUGUAAAAGGAUGUAAUACUUACACACAGAAUUAGAAAUUUAUAAAGGCUAUGGAAAUACUGGUAAUUUGAAUAAGACACGGAAAGAAUUAAUAUAAAGGAUAGAUCGAUUCGUAUACACAGUAUAAACUGCUAAUGAUUAUUUAUAAAUAUUCACGGUUGGAUUUGGGAUAUAUGGUUGGAUUUAAUACAGUUAAGAGAUAGAGACUGUAUAUACUGUUUGAAAAUACAUAACUGGUUUGGUGAUUAUAACAAUUUGAAUAAGACGCAUGGAACGCACUUUAUAAAUAAUUGCACGGAUUUCACAAAAUAAGGAAUGUUUAUAAAUUGUUAAAGACCAGAUAUCUAUAUUGUUAAGGGUUGUAGGUUGUAAAUAAGUGGGUUUUUUUUUUCUCUUUUUCUCCCUCUUUUCUUAAAGUAUUUAUAUGAGAUAGUAGAGAGUUUUUUAAAAUAAGGAGUAUGAUUUUCGGGCGCUCUCUUCUAUAUUGCCCCACCAAGUGUCAUCUUUUUGUGUUGACACAAAUACCGCGAUAUGGUAAUCUAUAAUACCAUCUCACGAGGACACAGAUGGCCCUUGAGUGGUGAGUUGAGACAACCACUCGGGAGCCAGGCUGUGUUGGGCCAGACUGGGUGUCUUUCCCAUAAGGCUUUUGUGGGUCUAUGUACAAUGGACCAUUUGUGUUUUUUGUGAAUGCAUUGCAGCUCUCUUGGUAUCAGUGGUAACAAUGGUUUUUUUUGAGUUAAAAUGGUAAAGAUGAUUUCGGUUAAUGUUCAGGGCCUUAAUUCUCCAAUUAAGAAAUCUCUAAUAUAGGAUUAUAUGUUGAGAAAUAAAGUGGAAGUGGGCUUUUUUCAAGAAACCCACUGGUCAGAUAUGGAUAAUCAAAGCUGGGGUGGUUUAAAAUUUCCCACAGUGAUAUAUGCUUCAUUAAGUGGAAAAAAAAAAAGAGGAGUAGCAAUAGUUUUCUCCCAAACACUAAAAGUGGAUAUAAUACAUCAAAUUAAAGAUAAGGAAGGCAGAUAUGUAAUAGUCUGCUGUAAAUUAAAUGAGAUACCAUAUACAUUGACUAAUAUAUAUCUUCCCAAUGAUUUUCCUGCUCCAACCUUAAAAAAGGUUUUAAGUUUAAUAGAAUCUAUUAAAAUAGGCACAUGUUUGGUGGCUGGGGACUUUAAUAGUAUACUGGAUCCGACACUAGAUAAGAAGACAAUCUCAACAUUGUUACAUAAAAAAAGAACAGAUAAACUUGCAAAAUCUAUUAAUAGAAUUAUGAUUAAUUUUGACUAUUUUGAUCUUUGGAGAACGACCAAUCCUGACUCAUUGGAAUAUACGUUUUUUUCACGCGUACAUCUUUCGUAUUCUCGAAUAGAUAUGGUGUGGGGCAAUAUGACAGCAUUGACGAAUAUUAAAUAUUUUAAGAUACUUGAUAAUACCUGGUCAGAUCACAGUAUUAAUAUGUGGGAGAUGAAGAAUCAAUGGACCAGGAUUGGUCGUGAUACCUGGCGUAUGGAGGAUAAUUUGUUAAAAUCUAAGAUCAAUCUUGAUAUAUUAGAAAAACAAAUAGUAACCUUUUUUCUUGAAAACGACCCUAAUGACACAUCAUAUAUAAAUAAUUGGUGUGCCUUUAAAUCCACAAUGAGAGGCAAUAUAAUAAGUAUACAAACAAGAUAUAAAGUAGAAAAUAAUAGAAUUUUUCUAGGACUACAAGCAGAAUUAAAAAAGAUCGCAAGUAAGAAUAAGCAGUCUCCUUCUAAAGAAAAUGCAGAUGAACUGAAAAGUAUUCAGAACAGAAUUAAUAAUUUUUUGAUAGCAAAGAAUGCAAAACUAAUGAAUAAACUUAAAGCAAAUUAUUAUUAUAGGGGGAACCGAGCAGAUAGAAACAUGACAAAAAAAUUAAGAGAUAAAAUUGGAUCCAGCAAAAUAGCAAAGAUAGUGGAUGAAGAUGGGGCAUAUUUAGACCCAAAAAAAAUAGGUGAGAGAUUUAAUAAGUACUAUGAGGCUUUGUACAAUCUAACUCCCCCGAUAAUAAAUGAAGAGGAUUAUCUGAGUAAAACCAAUACACCCAAAUUUACAUUAGAACAAAGUAAUAAGCUAAAUACUUUAAUUACAGUCCAAGAAGUAGAGGCAGUAAUAAACAAAUUAAAAUCAGACAAGACGCCAGGUCCAGAUGGUUUUGCAAAUAUAUUUUACAAAUCUUUUAAAAACAUUAUAGUUCCUCAUCUAACGAAUAUGUUUAACGAAAUCGUAUCAGUUGGCAAAUUUCCUACCGAAAUGCUGAGUGCAAAUAUUCUUCCAAUUUUAAAAGAUAAUAAAGACCCUUUAAAGGUGGAGAAUUAUAGACCCAUCUCUUUAAUUAACACAGAUGUUAAAAUCUUUUCAUCAGUUUUGGCUAAUAGACUAAGGGGACUAAUGGAUUAUAUAAUCAAAAAUGAUCAAAUUGGUUUUGUCCAAGGCAGAGAUCCGGUAGAUAAUUCUAGAAGAUUAUUGGAUUUGAUAGAUGCAUCUAGAAGAAAUAAUAAAUCUUUAUUUGUAUUGGCUGUAGAUGCCGAGAAAGCUUUUGACAGGGUCGGUUGGGAUUUUUUAAGGAAAACUAUGGAAAAAUUUGGAAUCCAGGGCAGGAUGCUUAAUGCUAUUUUAGCUCUAUAUGAAGGCCCAAAAGCAAGAACAGUGGCCCCAAAUAUAUGUUCAGAGUGGUUUACACUAAAAAAUGGCACGAGACAGGGCUGUCCUCUGUCGCCUAUCUUAUAUAUUAUGACAAUGGAGAUUCUAGCUACUAAUAUAAGAGAUAACCCUCGAAUUAAAGGAUUUAGAUACAGAGAGAAAGAAUUUAAAUUGAAUCUAUAUGCGGAUGACUUGAUUUUGACCCUAACCGACCCUGUCGAAUCGCUUAGUGCCUUAAUGGAAGAGAUAGAUAAAUACAGUUUGAUUUCAAAUUAUAAAAUAAAUGCAACGAAAUCUACUUUUUUAGCUAUAAAUAUUUCUAGAGACUCUAUCCAACAGAUUAAAGAUAAAUAUAAAUUUAACUGUGAUAAAAACAGGUUAUCUUAUCUAGGUAUAGUGAUUUCUGAUGAUUUAAAAGAUACGUUGCAAACAAAUUUUUUGAAAAUAUUUAGAUCGACACAUGAGUCAUUAAAAAGAUGGAGACAAAUUGAAUUAUCCUGGUGGGGUAGAAUUAAUUUGGUUAACUCGUACUUACUCCCUAAAUGGUCUUAUUUAUUUCGCAUGAUCCCUUUGAGAAUGCCACAACCAUGGUUAUCUAUGAUACAACGAGAUAUAAAUAAUUUUAUAUGGAAAGGAAAAAGGCCGAGGAUGAAUAAGCAUCUUUUGAUUCAGAAGAGCAGGAAAGGAGGGAUAAAUUUCCCAAACGUCAACAUAAUUUAUUUAGCUAAUAUGAUGUUUCAUAUAUAUAAGACGCAAUUAUUAAGUUCAGAGGAAGCUGGAUGGUAUCAAUUAGAAAUGGAGAUGGUAGAAAUGGAAAAUCUACAUCAAUUGAUAUGGCUAACUAAUCAAGACGAAAGAAUUAAAAAGGUCUGUACUUCUAAUAAUUGCUUGAAAUCCAUUCUAAUGGAGUGGGAAAAGCUGAGGAUUAAUAGCGGAAUCCGUAAUAAAAUAUUGGGAAACUUUAACCUCAGUAUUAUACAACUAAGGAUGAAAGAUUUAAAUAUUAGUGAAUGGACAAGGAGAGGCAUUGAUUAUAUAAAUCAAAUAAUAUCGGGAGAUAAAAUUAAAUCAUUUGAAAAUUUGAUUCAAGAAUUUUCACUACCUAGGAAAGAGUGGUAUAAUUAUUUAAGAAUCAGAGGCUUUAUUAAACAGUUUUUGUUACAUCGACCUACAGCGGGUAUAGAAAAUUUGAUAGUUCUAUUAAGAAAUGAAAAGGUAUCGCAAAUAGUUUCAAAGGCAAGGACUGCUCUUCUUCAACUUGAAGCACCAAACUUAAAUGUAAAUAUUCAAAAAUGGAGUAAAGAGUUAAAUGUACAGAUUCUUAAGUCUGAAUGGGACCAAGUAUUAUACCAAACAAGUAAAAUAAUCCAUUGUUUGAACCUUCUUGAGGUAUUAUUUAAAUUAAUGAAUCGCUGGUAUUUAGUUCCCACCAGAUUGUCCAAAAUGUACACUUCUAAUUCCCCACUGUGUUGGAGAUGCAAUGAUAAAGAGGGGACUUUUGGACAUAUAUGGUGGGACUGUAGUAAGGUGAAAAUUCUGUGGUUUAUGGCUUUUGAAUCAUUGGAGUAUAUUACAGAAACAAAAAUCCCUAUAGGUCACCAUAAUGGUCUAUUUCAUUUAAAUUUGCAAUCACUCCUUUUUAAGAACAAAUUUAUAUAUGUCCAUUUUGUAGCAGCAACAAAAAUAAUAAUCGCAAGGAAUUGGAAGAGUAGUGCAAAUUUUACACAAGCCCAGUUAUAUUCACAAGUCCAAUACCAAUUAACCAUGGAAGCCUUGCGACAUCAGUCAAUAAAAAUCAGAGAUGUUAGCAAUUUCUGGAAAGAAAAAAUGGAGAGUCUGACCAGAUAAAAUCCUGGACAAAAUUAAUAGAAUAGCUGUGUGUUUUUUUUUUACAUCUUUUCCUUUUCAUUUUUCUAAGGUAGUGAAAUAGAGGUGCCACUGUUAUACCCCAAGUAGAGUCUGCAAUGCAUGUUUGUUUUUGUAUGUUUGUCAAGUACAUCAUACUAAUGAAGCCAGUAAAGCUAAUUAUUUAAUAAAAGUAACAAUAGAUAGUGAAGAAGGAUGACUAUUAUGGGAGACGAAACUCUAAUUUUAGAAGGACGGUUGGAUGAAAAUUUUUGUCAUGCUCAUUGUUUUCGUUAUUUUGGUAUUUGGAUUAGUUUAAAGAAAUAAUAUAAUUGAGUAAAGAAAUGGGGAACAAGCAAUAAUAUUGUAAAUACAUGAUAAUGAGCAAUAUUUAAUGUCUAUGUAUAUAUGUAAUACCACAUGUCCUAUCUAACCAGCGCUAAAUGUUUACAUUUUUUAUGUUUUUUAUAUUAGUAUGGAUGAUGUUAAUGUCUUGUACGUCUUGUAUAAGAAAAACUGAAAUAAAUAAAUUAAAAAAAAAAAAAAUUAAAAACAAAAAUCCCAUUUGUUGUAAUAUAGAUACAUACUCCAAUUAUACAUAACAUGAUCUUUAAUUUAAAGAAUAGACUGUAAUUUUUUUUUUUUUUAAAUAAAAUGUAAUAGAAUUGACAUUCAAAAUUAAUCAUUAUGUCAAAUGCAGUGGAUUAGGUGUGUUCACGUGCAUUGGUGCACAGACAGAUAUUCAAUCACAACCAGGUCAAUCAUGGUGUGGUCAGUACAGACAUGCAUAACUGCUCCCCCAAACAGAAGGCAAUAAGAAGAUCACUGUAUCGUUUUACAGUAACAAUAUAUACAAUGAUCUUAUCCAUAUAAUUAAAAUGUCAGCAACCACACAGGCCACACAAUUUAUAGCAGGAGUAACUAAAUUUCUUGCAAAUGCAGUUAUUACUUUCAGCAUUUUUGUCAUCAUUAUCCUUUAAUCAAAUGUAUUUUGCCUUGUUUCCCCCUGUAUACAUUUAUAGUGCUGAACAACACUAUUAAAACACCAUAUUAUAAAAAAAAUUGUUUUUUUUUAUGUGCUUGCAUGACAGAGUCUAGAAAGUGUCACAGAUGCCAAGCAGGAUCUUGAAAGGGAAGUUCGAUUACUUCAAGACAGGUUGACAGCCUCCCAGAGGGCCUGGGAAGUCAGCAAGCAAGAGCUAAAUGAGGUCAAGAAGAACUCAGCUGAGCUUGAUAUGACUUUGAAAAGUAAACUUGGAGAGAUGAAGGGAGCUCAAAGUCUAUUUCAUUCAUUCAAAGAAAACGUUGCUGCAGUUCUCAGCCAAAACUUGACCACUGUGAAACCAAAAGAGGAGUCCAUCUUGGAGAGGAUACGUGAUUUAUGCAACAAAGCAGAAAACAAAAGUGCAGUAAGUUUUUGUUGCUUCCUUCUAACGUUCAUUAACAAGUACUUUAUUUUUAGCAGUAAAAUCAUACAUUUAUUACUGUACAUUGGAGAAAGUCUUUUUCUACCAAGCGAAAACUAUCAAGAUAGCAUGACUUAUCUGAAUACUUGUGUGGAUGGCUUUACACUAGCCACCAUAUUUCAGUUGUCCCUAAAUACUCCAAAGUCCACUUCAAAUUCAGCUAUGCCAUGCACGUCUUUUGCAGUAGCUGGCUCACCUCAAAUUACUACAUUAAAGGACCACUAUAGUGCCAGGAAAACAUACUCGUUUUCCUGGCACUAUAGUGCCCUGAGGGUGCCCCCACCCUCAGGGACCCCCUCCCGUCCGGCUCUGGAAGGGGGAUAGGGGUUAAAUCUUACCUUUUUCCAGCGCUGGGCGGAGAGCUCUCCUCCUUCUCUCCUCCUCCGAUCCGCCCCGUCUGCUGAAUGCGCACGCGCGGCAAGAGCUGCACGCGCAUUCAGCCGGUCGCAUAGGAAAGCAUUUAUAAUGCUUUCCUAUGGACGCUGGCGUGCUCUCACUGUGAAAAUCACAGUGAGAAGCACGCAAGCGCCUCUAGUGGCUGUCAAUGAGACAGCCACUAGAGGAUUAGGGUGAAGGCUUAACCCAUUAAUAAACAUAGCAGUUUCUCUGAAACUGCUAUGUUUAUUAAAAAAUGGGUUAACCCUAGCUGGACCUGGCACCUAGACCACUUCAUUAAGCUGUGGUCUAGUGGUCUGGGUGCCUAGAGUGGUCCUUUAAGCACUACUAUUAUUUUUUACAUAUUCGGCCUGUGCAGCUUAAAGAAUCUAAGCAACAGUAUCAAAUAAUUUCUGUUAUGUAUACAAUCUGUCUGAAAAGGAACUAUGAAGAACUGCAAUCCUAAUUCUAUACAAUGUAUGAAAAUGUUUAGGCCUCACAGGUGACUUGAUUUUCUCUGUUUUGGUAUUCUUUUAGAAUUGUUAUACAUGUGCUAUGAUAAACAUAAUCUGUAUCAGAGUUUCUCAAAAAGGCAGUGGUCUGCAGGAGUUAUAGAAAUAUACAACACAACAAAUACAAUAGGUACAAAAGUAAUAAAAAUAAUACUUAUCAACAGUAAAGAAACAGCCUCCCACAGAUCCCCUCCCAAGUAGAAGUCAUAGAAAUAUACAGCUGAUAUAUCUAAAGACAUUAAUAAACAGGACAUAGUGUAAAACCAUUAAACAAUAAAGAACACACCCUGUUUUAGAUUGCACUCACAAUAUGUUUGAAUAAGAAGCGCUCCAAAGGUGCCUCCCUCAAAGUAGAUGGGGGGCUAAUAAUCCUUCUCAUGAUCAGGUAUCACCGUAAUUCAGGAACCAUACAGGACUCUGAAAGGUAGAUAGAUGUAUAAAAUGUGGUUUAUUUGGUCUACUUCGGGGGAGGCAUCUUUGGAGCGCUUCUUAUUCAAACAUCUUGUGAGUGCAAUCUAAAACAGGGUCUGUUCUUUAUUGUUUAAUGGUUUUACACUAUGUUCUGUUUAUUAUUUUUUUUCUUUAGAUAUAUCUAUUUGUAACAAACAAGUUUUCAUUUCAUGAACUACCAACUACCUUCAUGACUCCAACACAAAUUAAAACCCACCUUCCAGUAUACAGAGUGGUAUUUCAGAGGCAAGACUCAUAUUUCUGACAUUCACUGACCCUGUGGUACUAUUGACAAAGUAGGAAACAAUGAAUGGUCUCAGUUGGGAGGGCCAUGUGGGUCCUUUCUUAAAGAAAUGUACCAAAUUGUCAAUUGAAUAUUGGACAAAUUGCUGUUUUCUGCCCAAGCCUUCUCAAUGGCAACAUGCAUUAACCAUACUUGCUUUUUUUCAAUAUUGUUAUUGUCACAUUAUAUUUUAUUGUAACGAUUGUACCAUAUGCUCACAUCAUUUUGUUUGUUUGUACCUGUUUUGGAUAAAAAUAAUAAAAAAUAUCUCCUGCUCCGCUAGACACCAGUCAUAUUUGAGUUGGUGGUGUUGCACCCUCUAUUUCCCUUUCUGGAAGUACCUAAGAAGUGAAAAUCUAGCAUAGCCGCUUGAGUUUCCAGGACACUGAAAAUGAAAGCAAUUCUGCCUGGUGUUCUUCCCUUGAUGUAGUCUCAUUGUCAGAGGUUCUUGUAGAUUUCCAUGAAGAGGAAUAUAGACACAUUUAAUAUGAAUGCAAUUCUAUUUCUGCACAGUAGAUGGCAAUUCUGUAUCUGUCAAAUUGAUAGAGAUUUUUGUUGUACGUAUUUAGCUCUGAGUUGCAUGAAAUAUUGCAAGACAGUCAGUCAUUUCGUUCGUGUUGUUACUAGAUACAGAACCAAUGUUAAGGCUUUUUAAAAUGUACCUGUUUACUAAAAGUCAUCUGCUUUUUUUUGAGUGGGAGGCAGAGGAAAGCAUUUUUUAUUUUAUGUAGUAUAUCUUGAAAAUUAUGUAAAAUUUAAACUUUUAUUAAAAUCCUGCAAUGCACAUAGACUAUUUUACAAAAAAUGUAUAAAGUUGCAUUUGCUGCCUUUUAGAGUUCUAAAAGGAGUUAACCUUUGUGCUUUCUGAGCAUGUCUUCCAAAACAGUAUGAAUAAAAUACAUUUUACUAGACUUGCACAAGGUGAAAAAAUUUGUAUUAGCCAAAUUGGUUUGUCUGGAAAGAAAAUUUUUUGUUCAGGGGGCCCUGAAAUUUGAUCAUAGGGUUUCAGUUUGGAUAACUUUUGUCUAUUUGAAUGAUUAGGUAAAAAUUAUUCUGACAAACCAAGAGACAUGAAAAUGGGCCAAUCAGUAUACUGCAAAAUAUAUGCAUAAUAUAAACAUUAUGCAUAUAUUCUGCAGUACACUGAAGGGUGCAGUUUCCUGGAUUUUGUUCACAAAUCAAAUGAAAAGUAAUCAUUAGAGGGGAAAAAGAAGGAUCAGUACAUAUUAUUAUAUAUUUAAUACAGGUGAUCCUUACUUACUGACCGAGUUACGUUCCUACGAUUCAGUUGUAAAACGAAUUGGUGGGUAUGUUCGGCGGAAUUCCACCACACAGAGACCAGCUAACUAGUGCAAGGAAUCCCUCGAAUCCAUGUUGUGGGCAAAUUCCCCAAACAUAGAUUAGAGGUAUUUCCUGCUCUGGGGCACAUGUCUAUGUUCAGGGACAUUUCCCUGAACAUAGACAAAUGAACCAGAGCAGGAAAUACCUUUAAUCUAUGUUUAGGGAAAGUUCCCCGAACAUAGACUAGCUCUCUAAUGUGGGGAAUCCCUCAAAUCCCUGCACUAGAGAGCUUGUCAUAAGUCUGACACAUCGUUAUACAGGUAAGUCUUAAAGUGAGGACUACCUGUAUAUAUAUUUUUGAUAAGCUUUUGAUUUCAGUAAAUAUUCUGCAAACACAGCAAUGACAAUUUUCAGUUCUUUACAACCCAUAAAGUGUUUUGAAACUUACUGUGCGUAAUGAUUUGGAACAGUGCAUUGUACGUUUUUUUAUGUUUAAAAAAAAAUACUGUUAUCAUUAGGAGGUUUGUUCAAUAUAAUUUGAAUUGUACUCUUAAUAGUUUAUAACAUGAGAAUUAUGCUGACUGUUAUUUACAUCAAUUAUUUAGGUAAAUGAGAAAAAUAUCAUUUGCAUAAUAAUUUGGAACAGGGUGUGUGUAUGUGUGUGUGUGUGUAUAUGUAUACAUGUGUGUGUUUGUGUGUGUAUUUAUGUAUAGUGUGUGGCCAAUAGUAUGUGAACAACCCUCCUACCUUUUUGUUUUUGAAAAAUAAAUAGAUUGAAGGACAGACAAAUUUUCUAUUAAAAUCUGACAGGAAUUGUUAGGGGUGUUUGAGGGCUGAAGCCCCACAUGUGGCUUGACAUUUAAUAGAUGGGAAAAUAGGAUAUACUUGUUUAUUUUUAAUUUUACAUUAAGUAGCUGCCUAUUAUAAAAAGUAGGAUUAGUAGCAUAGCAGACCCCCCCAACAGUCCAAGUUUAGGUGGGACAGGCCUCAUUUUGGGAUCCUGCCUCGCCAUCAUGAUUUAGUUCUCUGGUGUCCUACAUCCGGGAACACCAGCCAACUGAUGGGCCCUAGGAAUCUGCAGAGAGUACUUCAGCGGUGCUCUGUGCAAGAUACUGCAGGCUGGAAGCCAGACAGAAACACGCCUUCAGUCCUUCAGUUGGCAGACCAGUCUUUUUUGCUAAGCAGAUCUGCCCAUUAUAGUCAUUAUCAGUGAUGACACCCUCUUAGACCUGUACAACCAUCCAGAACUAAACUAAUGCUUAUCUCUUACAUAUGUUAUCUAAUUGUGGGCGUUCCUGACAUUGCACACAUGCGCCCUGGUUCAAGAUAGUUGCACAGUAGUUUUAACCAUGUGAAUACUGAACUUUACUUAAACAUCCUGUAGCUUUUACCACACCCCAACCCUCCAAAAAAAAUGAACUGCAUCUUCACCUGUGUGUCUCGUAGCCCCCUUUUGAAUUUCUUACACCCUUUAGUGUUUCUUAUCCCCCUUUUCUUGAAUGUCUAACCCCCUUUUGCCUCUUUGUGUAUCUUACACCCACUCUAGUGGCACCUUGUGUGUAUCUUACAACCCCCUUGUUUAUCACUUACUUCCACUCAGCCCCUUUGUAUCUCUUUCUUCCCACCAGCACCUUUGUGUUUCUCUUACUUCCUCUCCAGCCCCCCGCCCCCAUUUUUUUUCCAAUUCUUUAUUUUUGUUGUGCAAAUGAUUAAAAAUGAGCUCGUAUUGCUAAAACAGCAUUCACAAGCUUUAUACAUUUCAAAAUAGUAGCAUGGUAAGUGAAGGAACUGCAUAUUUAAAAAAAAUAUGACAUGAGAAAGCAAUAAACAUGUGUGGUGCAGUUGUUCAACAGAGGCAGCGUAACACAUCCCAACACAGCAUUUGUGAGAUUUGAAUAAAGACAUUGUGAACAUAAUUCUAUGGGGGUGGACAAAGAGAGAAGUAGGUACGCUAUGUCAUAAACUGUAUUAGUUAACAUAAAAUACCACUGGACAGGUAGAGUUAAUUAUAACUGAGUCUCAAGUAGAGUACAUAAGGUAUAGUCAGAUAAGCGUGUGUAAAUAAGAGGUCUAUUUAAGGAUAGCCUAGUGCAUAAUUAACUGAAAACACAAAAAUAAACUGAAAGAAUACACAUGGCUAUGAAAGAUCUGCCUUGUAAUUCUAAGCCCCCUCAGCCAAUGCCUGUGAAUGGAAGGCCUGUACCCUAUAAGAGCAAGAGUUUAUCGAAGCACAAAUGGGCACUCCCCCAGCUCCGCUGACUGCGGAUCUCCCACCCCGAGCCUCCAUGAGUCUGGCAGCAUUCAGCUUCAGGGCUCCAUAAUUGCCUCAUUGCACGCCCCAGGCCUUGCUGAAUCUAUUGACAGUGCCGGUGGCCCCCUCCAAUAUGCUGAGCAGGUGUACAGCAUUGGGGCUUAGGGGCAGGUUGUCUGUGAGGUCUUUUCAGCCACAGGUCCCGUCUUCUGCUCUUCGCCAACCAUGAAGUGCUGAGGGUUUGCUGCAGAAGCUGAACAGGGGGUCUGCAAGCCCGACAUACCCUUAAGGAUCUCACCCGAUCUUCAUGCGUUAAGUUUGGAGGGCGAGGUGGGCUGAUGCAUGUGAGUUGCUGGUGUUGGUGUAUCCGAGGUAUGUGAAUGGGUCAGCAGAACAAGCUGUUGCCUAGCCUCUAUUUUCGCCCAGAAUCUGGUAAAGAUGCAAUCCAGCUUACUCAGAGUUGUAAGGUAGUCCUCGGCUGGGCCUCCGGCUAUGAAGGCUUCUCCGUAUACAGCAGCCCUAGGAGCCAAGAAGAAGCUGUGGGUGAUACCCUGGGGCUGGGAUGACCCCCACCGGGUGGGAGUAAAGGGGGGAGGGAGUGCAGUCUGCUGUGAGUAACAAUAUGUGGCAUCUGGAGAGUGGCCGUCCCUCUGACACCAGUCAGGCUUGUGGGCUGCAAGAAGUUGAGAGCCGGUGUUCUGGGUCAGGACAGUGCCAAGUCUGGUACCAAAUGAGUCCCCAGGGACCCCACUGUGCAUUUAAUCUGGUUUUGUGGUGAUAGUUGCGAGAUGGCAUGCAGAAAAAAGCUUAAUUAGCAGGCUUUGGUCAGGAGCUCGCCUUGCAUGCGUCCGCUCUGCCUGCCAGUCAGGCACCGUCCCCCCUCACCAGCCCCUUUGUGUGUCUCUUUCUUCCCCCAUUCACUUUCUGUGUCUCUUUCUCCCCUUAGCCCUUUUCUGAUUCUUUUUCUCCACUUAGCCCCUUUCUGUGUCUGUUUCUCCCACCACCAGCCCCUUUGUGUGGCUCUUUCCUCCCAAACCAUACAGACAUAGAUAUACAAGUACAAACAAACAAGUACAUACAUCCACAAAGACACAACCAUACACACACAAAGUCAUAAAAGGAACACAAACAAACAGUCAUACAAGCAACCAGUCAUGCACAGACAUACAGGCAACCAGUCAUACAGAGACAUAAAGACACAGUCAUACAGUGAUAGAUUUUAGUAAAUACAUCAGAUGUGUAAAUGUAGCUUAGCAAAAUAGCAUCAAUUUAGCACUGCAUCCAAACCCAAUCCCCUUGUUUUUAAUUUUAUUUGCAUGUUGGGUAAUAGACUAACACCAAGCAUUGUUUAACAGGCCAACAAUGUCCUGUGAGAAAUGAUAGCAGGAGUUUCUAAUGCUGCUGAGCGUAUAGCAUGUUUCUUAUAGAAGGUGAAAUCUGUUGCAUAUUUCACAAUGUCACAGUGAAAUGUAUGUGUUAAGCUAUGCUAUCUUCAUUGCUCAUAUGUAGAUGGUAACACAGUUGGAAACUCGAAUAUGCAAAUUGAAUGAACAACUCCAGACCCAGACUGACCUGCAUCAGGAAGCCUUGCACAGGGCUAAAAAGGCAGAACAGCAGCUAGACGACCUCAGGGGCCGGAUCAAAUUAGCAGAAGGGGAACUGGUGACCGGUGAUGUAAUGAGGGACACACUUAGUAAUGAGAAGCAGAAGGUAAGUUCUAACGCCAUAUAAGAAAAUAAAAACAGGCUCUAACAAUCAUUGGUUUGAAUUAAAUAUUAUGAACAUUAAGUGCUCUAAUCAAACUAUAACAUGCUCUUUUGCCAAACUCCCCUCUUAAAUCACCGCCAUUCCAUCAAAAUGGAAACUAGAAUUUUUAUGCACAUCAUGCUCUUCUCCAUUGGCACAUCUGCUCCUAGCAAACUAAUGUUCCCCUUUAAUUUUCUCACUGCGGAAAAUUACCUGAUAGUUGCAAAGCCUUAAUAGGUUAUGGUGUCAGAAAAUUUUGUGUGCGAAAUUUAAGUAUUGUUCCAAUAAAUUCAAUUUUAUUAUCCUCUGCAAGACAUCCUCUUUUCAUGUUUGCCUUUGUCCUGGUUAACGUAAAUGUGACGAGAGCAAUCUCGCCACAUUGCAUUGGAGGAGCCUGGCUGCCCGCCUGCUCCCUUUAGACUAUGGACCGGACUUUUAAAAUACUUUAUUUUCCCUGCAGAAUGGCUUAUUCAUGCCUUUCUGCCAGGUCGUUCGGUAGAUUUUAUCUACCUAACAAAAUACCAAAGGCGCGACCACCGGGAAGCUGGUGUGUGCCUUCAAUUCACCUCCCUGAAGCUAGUAUGUGCCGUCAAUUGACCACCCAGUAGCUGCGGUUAACAGCAGCUUAAUUGACUGUUACACUUAGCGGCCUCUAGGUGGCGGUGUUAUAGAGCUCCCCGGAUGGCCAGCGGUGCUCAGCCCGGAAUCAGUGCACUAAAAGCGGACACUUUUACGUGCAGGCACCGCUCCAGCCUUCCCUGCUUCUAUUCAAGGCUGUUUAGCCGAACGCUGAAUCGAUCGAGACUUUACUUCAGUGAAUGUUUUAACCCAGAUAGCUAGCCAUGGAGCCUAUUUGUGUAAUUAAAGACUUUGGCUCCAUGGCAAUUGAACUGUGUGUAUAGGAUCUGAGCACUAUUCGGUAGUUAUGUGCGCUCAGAUACCAGCUAUCUGGGGAUAUGUGACAUGUCUGUAUUUUAUGUAUUAAAUGUAACUUUGUAUAUUUUAAAGUAUUUUACUGUCUUUGUGUCCCCACGUGUAUAAUGGAGUUUUGCCUUUGUCCUGGGAGAUAAUUGGAUUACUUCCCAAUUAUCUACAGGAUAGAGGGAGGGAAAUUAGGAUGCAUUGUGGGGAUGUUUUACUUCUGUGUGUCUGAAUGUGAUACAUGUCUGUCUGUGUUACAGUCUUCAAUCUGGUCCCCUAGGUAGUCCACCAGGUGGGAGACCUGCAUAAAUACUGGGCAGGUAGCCCUCAAUAAUAGAGAUCACUGCUUGACCCACAACACGGAGCUUUGUCUCAUCUUUGGGGGGGAUUUACUGUAUGCUGUUAGAGACUGAUUGCCAGGAGUGUAAGCCGGUUGGGUGCUUUUCCUGUUCGUCUGCUAGCAGCUAUUCGUGAGGUUCCAGUUCGGGAGUUUGGAGUGCUACUUUGUAUGCAGUUCGGGAGUUUGGAGCAUUCCCUUUUAUCCAGUUCGGGAGUUUGGUGUUCUGCAGUAGCUGUGCCUGUGUCUCUGGAAAGGAAGAUCUACUAAACAGCGGUUUAACCCUUUUAUGCCUGAGGGUGCCGUUACAGUAAAUUUUCUUCCUUUGUUUCUUUCAUAGUACAUGAAGUUCUUGGAGACUCUCUCGGAUAAGAUGAAGCUAGAAAGGGUGACUGCUGAUGUGGGCUUUGACAUGCGGCUGGAAGCCAUCCUUACCAGAGCCGAUCAGCUGGUCAAACGUGAAUCAGAUGCUGUAAUUGAAAACAAGACUUUGGCUCAUGGUUUGCAAAGAAAGGUAAUCAUUAAAUUCUCAACACUCUGAAUAUUUAAAAUCAAUAACUUUCCCUUUUCAGACAGGGCAUUCUAGCAAUGGUUUUAUAUAUAUACUGUAAGUCUGUACCUCGCGUUUGUUGUCCUCCUGUCAACCGUAAUAGUUUAAGUCAGGUCCUACACUAUAUGUACCCCAACCACUUCAUCUCAAUAAAGUGAUAUGGGUACCAUGCCCCCACAGUUUUAUUCUUGCAACUGAAUGGAAAUGUUUUCAUUCAGUAAAAAACAAAAUAUAAAAGUUACCUGUGCUCUUACCAAAUCCCUAUGCAUAUUUAAAUAAUUGGAGGUUAUUUAGUAUUUUCAAUGGCCAUUUGAUGGAAGCCCACCUGCCACGUCAAGGCAAACCUCUUAGGUCCUACAAUGACUACUAACCUUGCUUCUUCAAGCUUUAGGCAAAUAUAUCUCUAAUGAGACAGAGAGGGGUAUGGGAACGCAUGGAGAGGGCGGCGGCAUUGUAACAUGGCUGUGUGAUACAAAAGUGAAUACAAAUACACAAAAACAAGUCCUGCGCUUAAACUCCCACUACUCUUGGGUGGCAGCAAUGACCAUAGUACACAACAGCCCUUAUGCAUACAGUAAAAACCAAAGUUAAAAAGUUACCUGCGCUUUUCUCAAAUCCCUAUGUACAUUUAAAUAAAUGUUUAAAUUAUGGGUUUAAAUUUCAAUAGUAGUUGUCACUCAGAAACAACUAGGAAUCCUUCCUCUGAAAUAGCAGAGUAUUAGAUGGUCUCAGAGAGAUUGGUGCAGUGUGGCUUUUUGCUGGCUCAGGCUGAACAUGUUUGGCUGCAAGGUAGACAGAGUAAAACUGUCUAUCCAUGUUUGAACGAAACUGAUAUUCUCUCAGUGUCGGGACAAUUAAAGGCAUGGUAUAUACUGCUUGCCCAAUGAUAUGAGAUCUGUGAGACCUGUAUAUUGGUUUAGUGACAUGUUGCUUAGAAAAAGCAUGUAUUAGGUGCCACUGGGCUCUUCUGUCUGAAAGGCAUAAAAACAAUAUGUAAAACGAUUUGCGUUAAUUUUAAGAAAGAAUAUUAUAAUUCAUUAGGAUUUAGUAUGUGUUGCUCGUAGUCUCUGCUUAGGUGGUGACCGCAGCGUAGGAGUCUGGUGUUGAGCCUCGUGGGAUAAAUGGGGCAAUUCUUCGCAGAUCCCAGUUGUGGGUAGAAGAAGUUGGGUUGUGGAAUCUCUCCUGAGUGAGUGAGUCUUGUGGUAGUCCCAGAGUCUGCAAAAGAUCUGCUGCAUCUUGGAUGUCUUGAAUCUGAUGGGAGUCAUUUCCGUGUUGUACAGUGAGAUUCGGGAGAGCCGCUAGCGAUAGCCAAUGUUGUGUUGUUGAAGCAGAGAGGUGAGUGUUUGGAGUGACCUGCGCCAUGCUAAGGUACCGCUGGACAGGUCGGCAAAGAAAUUCAGCGUCAUGUUCUUGAAAUGGAGGGGAGUUUUAACAUGUGAGGACUGUUGCUUUGUCUUUCCCAUUCCGGAAGGUGACUAUGGUGUCCCUUGUUGCUGUGGCUGGUGCCCUGGUAGGUUUGGGGAUCCAAAAGAGGUCUGCAGGGUUGAUGGCUUUGGCCUGCCCGGGUGGCAAUAUGACUGUUAACAUGCGCCUUAAUACGUGCGGCAGCUCAGCCCCAGCACCUCCUCUGGUACCCCUCUAACCUUUAGAUUGUCAGCCCUGGGGUAGGUUUGUUUUUACUUUUGCGUCCCAUUUGGCUUGGAGGGUCCCCACAGUUUUUGGGGGUUGAUGGGUAUAGUUUAGUCAUUGGUUUCCCUGUUUUAUGCCUGGAGCUACAGGCUUGUGUGACCGCUCGUUUCGGUGGUUAGGUUCCGUCCCCGAAGCAUUGUGCUUUUUGCAUUCUUGACGUAGGAGUUUUUACAACUGAUAUAUAUGUUAGUACUUCCUUCUAUUUACAGCUUUGAUUUUUAGAAAUGUUUUGUAAUGCUGCUAUUGUAAAGUCAUAAUAUAUUUUGACAUUUCCACAGUUAAAAGCCCAGAAAGAAAUGUUUGACAGCAAAGAGCUUCAUAUGGAACUUUUGAGAAAAAAGAUUGCACAGCUUGAGGAAGAAAAACAUGUCCGUACAGCGCUGGCUGUGGAGCGGGAUGAGGCUAACCUGACAGUAAGGAGACUACAGAAGAAGGUAGAAAGACUGCAGAAGGAAUUCAAUUCUGCUCAGGAGUCAAACACAGAGCUCAAGGCCCGACUUUCAGAUACUAACGAGCUUAAGGCAAGUAUCACCUUUGAGUGUAGUUCACGAAAAUAUGGUAAUUUAAUAAUCAAUAUCUAUAGCAAGUACUCCAGAUGUUUCAUUCAACAAUUACCCAUAAGAGUGUGCCGGGGCCAUUUCAGGUGUACGCAGGCACACCCGAACAGAUGGCCAAAGUAUCAUCCCUUCACCCGGUUUUGGUCAGUGUGGGUACUUUAGAAUACAUUUGUGUUAUCUUGAUAGGUUUUUCAAGAAAAUAUAUGUAUACACCUUGCUAUUAAUGUAUAUUUUGAAUAUUUAUUUUUCAAUUUGUAAUUUUUAAGAAAUGUUUAUAUGGUGAGUUUUUUUCUGGCUGCACAUCCUAAAGUAAAGUGCUGCACACCUGUACAAAUACCUAUGGCAAUAACAUUUCCUACGGAAGAUCUUUUGACUUUGGAAAUGACAUUUUAUUACAAUGUAUCCACUUUCCACUUUAAUAAGUCACAGUGGGGUAUGUAUGGGUAGCCAGGGUCGCCAUUCACUACACACACUGCAUUCACUACACACACUACAUGUACUACACACACACUGCAUCCACUACACACACACUGCACCCACUACACAUACACUACACACACUGCAUCUACUACAUACACACUUCAUCCACUACACAUACUGCAUCUACUAUACACAUCCACUGCAUCCACUAUACACAUUCACUGCAUCCACUAUACACAUGCACACACACUAAAUCCAUUACACAUACACCGUAUUCACUAUCAUUAUAUACACACACUUCAUCCACUUUAGAUAGCUCAGUGGGCUAGUGCAUCAUCAGUAGAAUCUGUUCAACCCUUGGGUUGCAGAUUCAAAUCCUGGCAGGGUUGACUCAGCCCUAUAUCCUUCCGAGGUAAAUAAAAUGAGUACCAUUAAACUGGGUAAUCGUAACAACCCCCGGAUGUUGGGCUAAGGUAACAUUCCCAGGACGUACUUGAAAACCAGAAUAAUCUGAAUGUACCUUUCCUGGUUAAAUACUUUGUUAUUAUUAUUAUUCUUGUGGGCAGACUUGGGAAUGGGCAUUGUGGCAGGAAUCGGGGGUGAGCAUUUAGGGGCACAGACCUUGAGAUGUGAAAGGGGCCCCAACAUUUCUGAUUGCAACCCCGCAUGUAGUACAGAUUGAGAAACUGUCAAGUAGCUGAGAUUUGAGUAAGGGAAUUCGUUAAGUGUACUUUAUAGUAAUUUUUCUGUUUUGAAUGAAAACAGCACAUGGUAAGAGUUUGUUAUUGUUUUAAAACCUAUGCUGUCUUGACUUUGAAUUGUAGUUAAAUCUGCCAUGUUAUGCAUUACGAAGAAGAGAGAAAAAAAAGUUAAAAGAAAAAUCAAAACAUGUUUCUUUGCUGAAAAUUUGCAGCACCUGGAAGAGCUACACAUAUCCUAUAAUUUCACACACACAAUGGUUUUCAUGGGUUAGAUUAAUUUACAAAUCAUAAGAACUUAAGAAAACAAAUCCAUCACAACAGAGCUGUAGCGGAGCCCUAGUCCUUCCCAGGACUAUCCUCCGCUGGAUGACCAAGAGUAUAAAUCAGGAACAAGGAAUUGCAAAGUAAAUAGCCCACCUCCUCCCCAGUAACUGGACGACACACAGUUCUAGCAGUACAACUGAAGUUUAUUCUGCCACACACAGCUUUUAUGCACUGGCCCAUAGCAUGGGGUUUUCACAUCAAGAUCACAGAGGUUUCUUCCCAAGAGCCUUUGUGUUUGAGAAAUAAUUGAACUCAAAUUAGGAUAACUCAAUUAUCUCUCAAAUACAGAAACUUACAUACAUUUUUAACAUACCCCCAAAGUACACGAAAAGAAUACAGGAACCCAACAAAAAUCAUAUUCCCGAAUAGCCUCGAUCUGAGCGCACAACAUAUCCAAGCGUGCUCAAAUCGGUUCAGUAGAACGAAAGGUCUGUUCAAAUAAAGUUUUGACCGACUGUUCCUGUGCGAACACCGACAAACGCUCCCCCUGGAUGCUAUCGAGCGAAUAAAUCCCCUAUUUGGUAGAUCCUAUCUCCCGAUCGCCGUCCGUCUGGUUGUGAAGUGGGACCGGCAGCGGUAUUCAUUUGUGGUUACCAGCCAGGGGAGGUCAGUGCUCGCUGGGGCAUAACAAGGGGACUACACACCAGUCAUUCGGGAGACGAACAAGGGGUUGCAGACAACCGAACACAAGGGAAUAGUCUGCUACAAGAGCGUCUGUUAGAUUGCUGAAUUACUUCAUUCAUGUUAUUUUGCUUGAAUAUUGUUCAUGGUCAUUCAUAUGAUUGGCUUUUGCAAAGGCUCUUACAGAAAGCUAAGAGAGAACCCUCAAAAGUUACUUAAAACUUGUACAUUGACUGUACGAAUCACUGGCAGGGCCGGCGCUACCUGUAAGGCAGACUAGGCAGCCGCCUAGGGCGCCCCUUGGGAGGGGGCGCCGCCAGGAGCGCCGGCCCCCCAUGCUGCAGCCGCCCGAGCGCUCUGUAAAGAGCCUCGGGCGGCUGCAGCUUUACCUGGGCGGUGCGUCCAUGAGGGCGGACCGCACCGCCCGGGCGCAGCCUGAGGAGAGGCUGACAGGAGGGAAGCGCUCAGCGCUCCCUCCUGUCAGCUCCCUCUCUGUAGCGUGGCCGAGCCUGUAUAGUCCGCGGGUACAGGGAGCAGCUGAGUGUGCACUUCCUGUUAGUCCGGCCGGGUACAGGAAACAACAGUUCCCUGUACCCCCGGACUAUACAGGCUCGGCCACGCUACAGCAAAGGUAGGGGGGAGGGAGGGAGAAGGAAACAGGGAGGGAGGAGGAGGGAAGAAGGGGAAACAGGGAGGGAGGGGGGGAGAAGGGAAACAGGGAGGGAGGGGGGAGGAAGGAAACAGGGAGGGAGGGAGGAGGAGGAAGGAGGAGGGGGAGAAAGAAACAGGAGGAGGGGAAAGAAAGAAACAGGGAGGGAGGGGAAGAAAGAAACAGGGGAGGGAGGGAGGGGAAGAAAGAAGAGGGAGGUGGGGAAAGAAACCGGACAGGGAGGUGGGGGGGAAAGAAAGCAACAGAGAGGUGGGGUAAGAAACCAACAGGAGGUGGGGUAAGAAACCAACGGGGAAGAAACCAACAGGAGGGGGGAAAGAAACUAACGGAGGUGGGGAAGAAACCAACAGGGGGGAACCAACAGGAGGGGGGAGACAUUGACAGGAGGGGACUGGACGGGAGAGAGAAAUUGACAGGAGGGGGAGGACAGGGGAGGGAGGGGAAAUGGGAGGCAAAAUGGGUGGAGGGGAGAAGAGAGAGACAAGGGGGAGGGGAGAGAUUGACAUCCAUCACACACACACACACAAUCACACACAAUGCACCCCUUACACACAAAGACAAUGAACCCCUUGCACACAGAAAAACACACAAUGCAUUACACACAAUGCAUUACACACACACACACGCAAUGCAACCCUUACACACAAUGCAUCCCUUGCACACACAAUGCAUCCCUACACACACAGAAACACAAUCAGGGCCGCCUAGAGGCGAAGCCGUCGCGACAGGGCCAUAACAAAGGCCUCCGGCAGUUUUACACAGCCUCACGUUGAGUCCAUCCUGUUGCAUGAAAAUACCCAUGGAUGGUCCAGUGGUGCACCUAGCAGGAGCUGCAGCCAGAUCAUCAUAACUUCUCCCUCGCACUUCUGGCGCUCAGUUAGUGAGUCAGAGCGCAGCCUCAGAGAUUCCCAGGCCGCGCUCUGACUCCACACAGCGCCAGAACCUCGAGGGAGAAGUUAUGAUCAGCACUCCCUGCUAUUCACCUCCAGCCCACCAGAGGCCAGCACUGGAGAUCGGGGACAGAGGAGACUUGUGAUCGGGCACCAGAGAGAAUGGGCACUGCAUGGAAGCAGAGGCAGCUUGGGACAAGGUAGGAGACUGUAAUACAGCCUUGAGUUCCCAGCCACAGAAACUCCUCCAGUCUGUGACAGGGAAAGAAGAUGCUGAGUAUAGGUGGUGUUACAUCAGCAUUAGUCUGCUGGUGUAAGACUACCUACCUAUCCUGUCUGUCAUAUACCCUCAUCUGUACCCUAACUGUGAUAAUGUGUGUAUAUCUGUGACUGCGUUUUAUGAUGUGUCUGUGUACAUCAUGUGUGUUCAUAUCUGACAAGCUUCUUCACUAAAACGACAAUUGUCAGUGAAUUUCAAAGUCACCUGUGCUUCGAAUUCAGCUAUUUUGGCGCCAAAUAUGAAAUCCGCUUAGAAUUCCUGAAAAAAAUUCAUGUUAGUAAUGUUAGUUAUCUGUAUGUGACUGUGUCUAUCUAUGUAUAUGCGACAUGUGAUCUGUGGAUUUGUAUGUGUAUUAAUGGUUAAACGCUCUAAUGUACAUAUAGAGCAAAUUAAAAUAAGGAAAAUAUUUUACAAAGAAACUUUGAAUUAAAAAAAUACACAGUGUGUAUUAACUGAGUGUGUGUGUGCCCAUCAUCAUGCGUGAGUGUCUGCAUGCCUGUAACUGAGUGUGUCUGACUGUCUGCUUGUAACUGUUUGUGUAACUGUCUGCUUGUGCCUGUGAGUGUGACUGUAUACAGCUUUUUACUGGGGGGAUGGGGCGCCGUGAAGACUUUUCGCACAGGGCGCCUAAUGGCCUAAGGCCAGCCCUGCACACAAUGCAUUCCUUACACACACUCAAUGCACCCCCCCUCAAGCACCUUACAAACUCACACACUUCAUCCCUUACAUACACAGAAACACACCCUUGCAGCCCUUACACAUACAAACACAGAUUCACACAAUGCAUUCCUUACACACAAUCAGGACAUCCCCUACACACUCCACCCCCUGUGAACAAACUCAUUGGUGGAACAUGAAGGUGGACCCUGGGACCCAGACCUUGAGCUGUGUAAAGGCCCCUCAAAAAAAUGGAGCUGCUUCCCGUUCUCCCAGAACAUUGAUUUUUGUGACCACAGUUACAAACCGCCUCCAGAGAGCCUGUUCUACACCAGACCAGUGGAGCCAGACUGCAGCUAGAGCCCAUCAUCAUCCUCAUCUGCUUGUUUUAAUGUAAACACGGCACUGCACACUAGCGUUAGUUAACAUGGCAGGUCAUUUGUGGGGCAUUGUGAUGUCGGGGUGGGAGGGGGCGGCAAACUUUACUUUUGCCUAGGGCGGCAAAAAUCCUUGCACCGGCCCUGAUCACUGGGUACCUGAUGCUGUGGGGAAGCAUAACUAUAAUGAAUAGGAUGAAAUGAAACAAAGACACGGAGCUCCUUCCACCUGUUUGUUAGUAAUAUAACUUAUAUAGCACCAACAUAUUCCGCAGCGCUUUGCUAUUGUAGAAUGGCAAAUGUGUAUAAUUCGUUGUCUACACACAGCAAAUCAUAUACACUUACUGGCUGGAUCCAAAUCUAAGUUUCCCAGUUUGGUUUACCAUACCUCAAUGAAAAAUUCAGCUUAUUUGCCUGGUGGAGCAGGCAUAUUCACUACCACUAAUCUUUUGUAUUACCAUGCUGGUGAUGUUGUGCAUAGGAAGAGAGUGCAAAGCAUUGCAUACUGCAUCAUAUUCCAAAAUGAGAAAUUUGCUCAAAUAAUGCCAGUGAAAGUUUUAUUUUUUAGAAAUUACAACUGACCAGAGGAAUAAAGUAAUUAGAAUUAUUUUGUGGACUUGCAAUCACAAAAAAUAUAUAUUUUUUUUCUUUGGUAGAUGUCAGAUCGGUAAGCAACAUUUUGGACAAUUCUAUGCAUCAGCACUGUUUUAGAUGUAUAGGCCACUGUAGGACACUAGAGGUCAGUCUGGUUUCAAGGUAGCUACAUGAUGUUCCUUAGAAUUCAAAUAUCAGUAAAGUGUGACUACUUUUCUUUCUCAGUUUAUUAACAUUGCAGUAAAUAUAGUGAGGUUUUAUGUAAUUGUUCAGAAUGAUUUUUAAAUCCCUACAACAAAAAGAAAGAGUAUUGUGUGCAUGCGAUCUUAGUCUAAGACUCUAAUUGGCUUGGUGCCUCCACUUGCACAAAAAUUUCAUCAUUUCUGAUGGUGAUCCUGUAAGUUGUUCUUAGGUCGCCCAUAAAAUAAAUGAAAGAUAACCUUGCUUAAUCAAACCUGUUCCAAGUAAAUGAGAGUAUGACCCACAAGCUUUCAAAGGCAUUAAAACCAUAAAGGGACACUGUAGGAACUAUAACCACUGCAUCUCAUUGAAUUGGUUGUAGUGUCUGGAGUUCUCUUGCACUGUCCCUCUAUUGAGUGUCAAGCCACUGUCAAGCAGUUUAACAUAAAAUAAUGGUCCCUGGAGGUAUACCAAGGGAGAUAAUAAACCCAUAAAGUCAUAUCAAUUGAUACUAGCAAUGGCUGUUGUGAUAUGCUAAAAGUGGUCAGCUGAUACUCUCAGCCGUCCAUUGCUGCUCAAGCUAAUGCUUCCUCAUUAACCCCAGUAGCACAAAGGGAAUGGGCUGGUGGGGGCACUUGUUUAGCAUUAAAACAUUAAAAACGGUUUAACGUUGAAUGAAAGGAAAAGCUCCAGGGACAUUACAAACUAUAACCACUGCAAUGAGAGAAAACCGUUCUAGUACCAACAGUCCCUUUAAUGUUUCAGUGAUACCUUUAGUACAUGUAUUUGGGGUUAUUUUUACAUUUUUUCUAUUUUGUUUACAGGAUGCUACCCUUUUCAAUUAUAUUCUACCUAAUCAUUCUAUUUUUUUCCUUUUUUCUUUUACAGAUCAAAACACUUGAGCAGCAUAAAGCCAUAGAAGAGCUGAAUAAGUCUUUGGAACAGAUAGAAAGGACAAAAGACAAGACUCAAAAGAAGUUAAUUUCUGUCAAAUCAGAGCUAGAUUUUACUGAGCGGGAGGCCAAGGAGGAAAAGGAGAGAACUACAAAUAUGCUGGAGGUUGUUACCAGUGAACUAAAAGCACUUAAGAAAACAUUAGAAGAAGUAUCUAAGAGGGAAAAGCAGGUAAGAUAUUGUUGGGUGAAUAUAUAUAUAAAUAUAUAUUAAGUAACAGCUGAGCAAUAGUUUAGAUUUUUUUUAAUGUCAUUAGGCUUCAAAUAAUCCUUCACAUACACAAUAUCAGCUGAAACCUUUUAUUCUGCAGUUUAUACACCACGGGCCAGCCAAAUGUAUCAAACAUUAACCAUCUGGGCUGCAAGGGUCAUUUCUGGCACCUAAAGUUGGCAGAGGUUGGAUAGAAAUGUCAGUUCAAAGGCUGCUGUUUCAGUGACUUGUAUUAGAUAUUUUAAGGUUUUUAAGGUUUAAAAAGAAAUAGUACUAUAUAUAUAUAUUAUACAUCUUUUCAUUAGGUAUAUAGAUAGACAUAAAACAUUCAAAGAAGCUCACAUUAGGGAGGUUAUAACAUUUUAAUAUCCCCAUGUAUGAGGAUAUGUAAGUGGGGAUAUUAGACCUGAAACAUCAAUCUUACCUAUCCAAAAUAGAAUUAUGCUUAUUAUUAUUAUUUUAUUAUUUAUAUAGCGCCAUCAGAUUCCGUAGCGCUGUACAAUUGGUGUACUAACAGGCAUGUUAGUCUUGUAUAUAUAUAUAUAUAUAUUUUAUAUGAAGUUAAAUAUUGUCCGUGCCCAUUAUGGUAUAUCUCCUAUCUAGUCCUUAAUUAUCAUGGUACCACACAAGGUUUUAACCCGUCUCUGAUCCUAUUUUAUUAAUGUCUGCUUAUACCAGAUAGUGGUUGUUGAUCUUCGCUCAUAUUACUACCACUUUCCAAAACAAUUCACGUUAUUAUAAUCGUUGAUAAAUCUGCUUUAAAUAGGACUUACACAUUUCUAAAGAAAAAAAAACAACACAAAAACCAAAAACCUACAAAUGUGUAUACAUAUAGAAAUUGGAUUUGGUUAUUUCAUAGGUUUGUAAAAUUGCCAUAGCUGCAGAUAGGUUAGUAUGUCUAAACAGAUGCCACUUGAUAUUUUGUUCAGCAUUUGGGAUAAUGAGUACGGAGAGUGAGGUGGGUGUCCAUAAUAUUUCUGUUGCCUGGACAAUCCACAGAGAGGGAACUGCAGUCUGCGAGGGCCAUAUAAAUCUUAGAAAACAACAUAAGAUAAUGUUCAAAAUAUAACCAAAAUAAAUUGAGAUAGAGUACGUUAAUAAUGAAACUGUUCAAUCCGUUCUUUCUGAAGAGGUAUUCUGGAGGAAAGGCUUUAUCUGUAAUAUUAGACGUUUGACCUUCAGCAGCAAUAUUACAUAGAAAUAAAUUACUUUAUUUGUUUAAUGAAACAUUAUUAUAUAAUAUGUAGCUUGUUGGCAUAUUUACCAAUCAUUUCUUAGUUCUUUUUAUAUUAGGAACAUAUACUGUUUGUCUCCCUACAACAAGACUUGUAAUAUAAAGUAGUCCCUGGCUCUAUCAUUGACUAGUGAUACAAGUAACAUCUGCCUAUUUGUAUUGCAUGGUUCCCCCUGUUUCAUUCCAGGGUUUUAUGACUUCACAGUGUUUAUAGUAGAUGUUGAAUUGUAUUUAAAUUGUAUUAUUGCAUGCAGUGAGAGGAUAAACAUGUUUAUCAGGUCACAGGUUAUUGGUGAAGAAUAGCUUUACAUGUCAAUAUAAAAGCACUAUAAACAUUGGUGAUUGGUUGAGAGAGCUGGGUGUGGUUAUCCCAAUAUUCUCAGCCUAUGUGGUAUAGGUUAGACAAAAUUAAGACUGGUAAUGUGGACUUGUUAAUUCUUUACUAUCCAUGCGGCAGAGGAGGGAGUGAUCCAUGGAUGCCGUGGAGAUUGCUAGGUGUUGUCAAACUGCUUCUAAAAGGUUUGACAUAAAGCCAACCAGGCAACAUUACUGCUAUAAUGUGCUUUAGAGCAUGGGUUGGCAACCUUUGGCACGCUAGAUGUUGUGGAUUACAUCUUCCAUUAAUGCUCUUGCAGCCAUGGUAAAGCAUCAGGGGAAAUGUAGUCCACAACUACCCAUACCCCUGCUAUAAAGCUUAUGUUACUAAGUGUCCCUUUAAAUAAUCAUUAAAAUUGUAUCUAUAGUUAUGCCAGAAGUUUGGAUAGCACAAUGGACGGAAGAAAUGUAUUUUUCUAUAAAGUGCUACCAAAUCAUUUUUGCAUGACAGAUGGAUUUGAUGAUUUUAUUUCACAUUUUUUUAAGCUUUGUAUGACAUAUAUAUUUGGAGUAAGAAAUACAAUUCAGCUAGUUAGAGCUAACAAUCUCAUGAAACAAGAUAACUGUUAUCAAAAUUAAGCUUGACAUAAAAAUCAAUUUUAUUGCCCUUAAUUAUGUUUUAACUGUUUGUAAUUAAAAUACUUUUAGGGAAGUAUCUCAAAUGUUAAAAGUAAGGGGUAUUCUAAGCACCAAAAACAUUUUAGCUUAAUGAAUCCAUUUUGGUGCAUAGAUCAUGUUUCUGCGUUCUCAUUGCUCAAUUCUCUUUGACUUAGCAUUCAAUUCAAGUUUGUUUAUGUUUAUGCAGUCCUGGUCAUACAUCUCCUAGAUGUGACUCACAGUCUCCAUGAAAAUGUCUUAAUUUUUAAACUAAUCUUACAGCUUAGUGUGUUUACUUUAGAAGUUAUGCUAAUCACACACAGGAGGCUGAUGCAGGCUCUAACAAGCAAUUAACCGAUCAGUAGUUUAAAAAACCAAAACAACUAAAUGAAACACACUGUGCAAUAAGGUUCUAAAAUUAGAUCUCUCUUUACAGGAAGUCUGUAGGGAUACAGGAAGUCUGUAGGGAAGCUGUUUGAGUUACUAGUGGUUAGAAGGCAUUAUCAAACUAAAGUAGCUGAAUGGCAGAAAGUGCGUAAUGACAUGCAGGGGCAUGAUCAAUAAACCAAAACCACUAAAUUGAGCUAAAGUUGUUUUGGUACUCAGAGGGUCCCUUUAAUAAACAGUAUACUUUAAAACAAUUACUAUGUUUACUAUGUUAUCUAAAAAUGUCUAAUUACUGUACACGCAAAUAUUUCUAAUUGAUUCUUUAUUCUUACAGUUGGUAGACUUCCGGGAGGUGGUUUCACGCAUGCUUGGUCUGAACGUCAAUAUCCUGGCACUUCCAGACUAUGAAAUCAUUAAACGGCUUGAGGGGCUUAUCCACACACACCACCACCAUGUUGUUUCAUGUGCCUAAACCUGAAUGCUCAGUCUGAGUGUUAACCUAUUCUUAAUUAGCUUUAAAAUGUUUCAUUAUUUUACCUUUUUGCAUCAAAUUAUCUUGUGCCAUGCUGAGUGCAGAUCCAUAUAUUUUUAUCAUAAAAUUGUAAAAGAUUAAAUAUAUUUUAGUAAUUGCUAUAAAAUAAUGCAACGUGCCAUAUUUACUAGUAUCUUCUCAAAAUGAAUGCCUCUUUUUUUUUUUUCUAUUAAAGCUUUUGGAAGUAAAAAAAAAAAGCACAUUAACAGUAUAACUAUUGUUUACACUUAUUUAUAAAGCAAAAGCAUAGGAUCUAUAAGGCUUUAAUAGAUCACCGAUUGGUAACCUUACUACCAUAUAAUUACAAAUAAACCAUAAUUCCCAUGAUGCUCUACUAGGUUUAUAAUAAUGUUGUUUGGAAACAUCGGAGUUGCCAGUGUUAGCAGUUAGGAACAGGGGUAGCUGAAAUAGCAAAGUUCCACCUAUACAGACAAACAAAGAUUAUAAUAAUAAUUAUAAUAAAUGGCUAGUUCUGGUGUUCUGCUACAGGUUUGAGCAGGGCCAGAUUAAGAGCCCAGUGGGCCUGGUGCUGACAAUCAUGAUGGGCCUAAUUACAGAAUCUUAUCGACCAAAAACACUAAAACAGUCAUACCUCCCAAGCAUCAUGUAUCUGAUGGAGAUGGUAUUGGAGGGAAACUCAAAGGAUGCAGCUAUGCAAAAACACAUACUCUAUGCUAAUCUUUCUCUAAUUUAUGCUUUCAUCUUUCAAGUAAAUCCAUAUCCCCUAACAGCAAUGUCCAGUGAAGCAGGAAGUCAAUGUGCAGGGUAAAAGAGUGUGCCACUGGCGCGAAUCACGUGACCAGACCUGCCAAAAGGGGUGAACAUGCCCAAAAAGGGGGCAUGUUUGUCCAAAGAAUUGGAAGGCCAGUCUGGCAUGAAUGACUGUCUGGCAAUCAUGCAGGCUGUCCAACUAAGGGCAUAGUAUGCAGGCAGCACCCUGAGCUCGACAUAAAUACAUCAAAUGAUGCGCCUACUCCACGCUUUCUAAGGACUGUCCCCUAGCACUCACAUGUCAACUUGUCUCCUUAUCAUCUUACUAGCAGGCAGAAGUUCCUGAUAUAUAGUCUGAGACAGAGAAAAGGUUUAUGCAGUGAGUGUAGAAGAAAGGGAUGCAGCUAUGCAAAAACAUACUCUAUGCUAAUCUUUCUCAAAUUUAUGCUUUCAUCUUUCAAGUAAAUCCAUAUCCCCUAACAGCAGUGUCCAGUGAAGCAGGAAGUCAAUGUGCAGGGUAAAAGAGUGUGCCACUGGCGUGAAUCACAUGACCAGACCUAACAAAAGGGGUGAACAUGCCCAAAAAGGGGGCAUGUUUAUCCAAAGAAUUGGAAGGCCAGUCUGGCAUGAAUGCAUGCCAGACUGUCUGCCAAUCAUGCAGGCUGUCCAACUAAGGGCAUACUAUGCAGGCAGCACCCUGAGCUCGACAUAAAUGCAUCAAAUGAUGCACCUACUCCACGCUUUCUAAGGACUGUCCCCUAGCACUCACAUGUCAACUUGCCUCCUUAUCAUCUUACUAGCAGGCAGAAGUUCCUGGUAUAUAGUCUGAGACAGAGAAAAGGUUUAUGUAGUGAGUGUAGAAGAAAGGGGACAUGCCACAAUGUUAGAGAGACCAAAGUCUGCAUUAUCUAAACUUAUUUUAUUGUCAGCCAGUCCACACAGGUUUUGUUCUCAUGCAUCCCUCUUAAGCUUCCAAACUUAAAGGGACACUAUAGUCAUCAGAACAACUACAGCUCAUUGUAUUUGUUCUGGUAAGUACAAUCAUUCCCUCCAGGCUUUUUGCAGUAAACACUGUCUUUUCAGAGAAAAUAACUCUGAUGGCCACUCCUUAGAUGGCUGCUAGAGGUGCCACCUAGGGCAGUAUUGCCUAGUGUGCAGCACUGCCAUUCAGUGUCUCCACCCUCUGCAUGCAGACACUGAACUUUCCUCAUAGAGAUGCAUUGAAUCAGUUUAUCUUCAUGAGGAGAUGCUGAUUGGCCAGGGCUAUGUUUGACUUGUGCUGGCUCUGCCCCUGAUCUGCCUCGUUGACAGUCUCAGCCAAUCCUAUGGGGAAGCAUUGUAAUUUGUGCAGACCACCACUUCUGAUGAUGUCAAUACAAGUAAAAGUUUACUAUAUUUAGGGAGGCAAGAGGAGGCCAGGGGGGCUAAAUUGUGGUUUUAACAUUAUAAGGUCAGAAAUACAUGAUUGUGUUCCUGACCCUCUAGUGUUCCUUUAAGCAAGAGUAUGUGAAGAGUAGUUAGGGUUGCCACCUUUCUUGGAAAAAAAUACCAGCCUUAUACAUUUGAAUAAUUAAUUAGUUAUGUGUGCCAUCACAUGAUGUAAAUCACAAGGAGUGACAUAAGAGAAAAUUCUGUAAAAUCACCAACAAACUACUCACAGUUUGAUUCUGCUGUAUAGAUGGAUUGCUCCCAGUGUCUCCCUGUCUCCCAGUGUCUCAGUCUCGCAGGUCACCCAGUCUCUCAGUGUCCCUAUGUAUUACAGUGUCAGUGUCCCCAUGUCGCCCAGUCCCCUAGUCUCCCAGUGUCAAAGUGUUCCCAUUUCUCCCAGUGUCCCCAUGUCACUGAGAGACCCGGGGACACUGAGACACUUGGGGACACUGGGAGACAUGGGGCACUGAUACACUUGGGGACACUGGGAGACAUGGAGACACUGAGUCACUAGGGACACUGGGAGACAUGGGGGCACAGACACUGGGAGACUAGGGGACACUGAGACACUAGGGACUGAGAGAAAUGGGGACACGGACACUGGGAGACAUGGGGAGACUGUGUCCCUAGUGUCUCUGUGUCCCAAUGUCUCAGUGUCUCACAGUGUCCCCAUGUGUCUCAGUGUCCCCCUUUCUCUCAGUUUCCCCGUGUUUUCCAGUGUCCCCAAGUGUCUCAGUGUCCCCAGGUCUCCCAGUAGUGUCUGUGUCCCCAUGUGUUCCCUAGUUUCUCAGUGUCCCCUAGUGUCUCAGUGUCCUCAUGUCUCCCUGCUGCCUUUCCCCCGUCCCUCACUUACCUGAGCUGUAGAGCUCCUGUCUGGACUCUCUGUGCUGUGUAGCUGCUCCCCCACGGAUCAGUGAAUAGUAGAGAAAGGCAGGGAGCGAUAUGCUGUAACUUCCUAUCCCUGCCUCUCUCCACACACAGUGACCCCUACUGGCCGGUGCUGGUAUUGCAGAGUAAUUACCGUUUAUACUGAGAAAAAUACCUGCAUUUGUAUUUCCUGUAUAACUGCAAGCCUCAAUUUUUUUUUUAAAUGGGCCUAUUCCAUGGGCCGGGGCCUGGAGCUGCAGCUCCAUCAGCCCCUAUGUUAAUCCGGCCCUGGGUUUGAGGUACAAAUAAAUAGAAUCAAUUUUCUCAAUUUUCAAUUUUAUUUUAAUUAGCAGUUUAGGAUACUUAAAGUCUUCUUUAGUCAUCCCUUGGAUACAUGCAUUUACUUUUAUUACCAUCCCUUUAAAUAAAGAGAAGAUCUUAUUCACAGUCGCUACACAAUGAACCCUUAGCAGACUUAUUAAGGGGUGUUUAUCCUGGACCUUUAGGGUAAUAUAUUGAAUUUCACACAAAGAAGACAAAAACUUACAAAGUAUCAUAUAAGAAUGUAAAUAUCAGCAAAAUCAGUUUGUAUAAAUUGCCCAUAAAUAUAAUUUCACCCGUAUUUAAAAUAAACCCCCUGUAAAUGUACAUGCUAUUUAUUGCUUUGUAAGCUACAUUUAGCACGAGUUUCACCUUAAUGACUGAUAUUAGUAAUACAUGGGAGAGAUUAUACAUUCUGCUAAUUAAUUUUAUUUUAGAAUACGUAUUCACUCGACAAAUUAACAUUGUUUAGAUUGUUAGAUUAGAAAAAAUGUUGGGGUUGCACCAUAAGUUAGUUGUUCUGAAUACUGUGUAAUGAUGCAAUUAUGAGAAAAAAGAAAAAAAAGAAAAAACAAUAGUGAUGUAUGCACAGUUGGCGAGUAUAAGUUCUGAAUUGUUAAGGUCAGUAAUCCUCAUAAAGAGCACUUUGAAAAAGCCUUAUUUAAAGGCAAGAUGGGUUAUUGUAUUUUUGUUUUAAUAAAUCUGAAUUUAGUAUUUACUAUUCUGGACACAUGCUUCAUUCCUGCAGCUAGCUGUACAGAUGUGAUAUUAUUCUAUGGUGGGGUGUAUACCUUUUUCGCUGAUAUAAGAAUAAGAAUGCAGUAACAAAUGCUGGAAAUGACGAAAAUCAUGCCACCAUCAUGGAGAGGUGUGGGAAAGUGUUCUCGAACAGGUCUGGAAGUGCUCAACAAUACCACAGAGCAUGUAGAUGGCAACAGAGGUGGAUCACAUUAGUGUUAACUCCAAGGACCUUUCAUAUAUUGGCAGUGACUGUUGCCACUGGAGAGUUAGUUGAACGUUCUUAACUUAGAAAGCAACAAAAUAUCUAACUUAUCACAUAAGUGAUGCAUGUAUUGUAUAAGGGACCAUUAUCUGUUAAAGUGAAUCUUUCAUGGCAGGUUAAUAUUAAAGAUGUAAAUGGGAAUCAUAAGUGUUAAACCCCUUUUAAUAAGAUAAUUUGAACCUAAUGUUGAAAGGAAUGAUGCUAACGAUAAUUUUUAGUAAUUGUAUUUCUGAUAAAACUUGCUAGCAUUUGUAUUCUUUCAGUUAUUCUAGUAAUUAGCUCAGUUUGGUAAAUGUUCGAAACAGGGGCAUUAAUGGAGCCCUGAAUGUUGUACCCUAUUGCUUUUUUUUACUUCACCUGUUCUGCUCUGCCUGCCUGUUCUCCUUGGUGAGUCUAGGCGUCAGAUCGGAGUGGAAGCAGCGCAGUGACUUAAGGAAUAUGAUAUGAUACGAGUGUCAUAUUUCCAAUUUGUGUCAAUCACUGUGCUUCUUCUGCGACUGGCUGAGCUCACUGAGGAAACCAACACAGGCAUGGAGAGCAGAGCAGCAUGCCGCAGAGGAAAUUGGGAUAAUGGGAAACCAACAAAGUGCAGGCCUGGCGGCACGCUGCAUGAGUGCUCUACCUAAAGAUGGGUUGCGGCCACUGGCCCUGCUGAAUUAGUGACUUGUCACCUACUUUCCUCUCAAACAAGAUACAAGAUUCAGAGCCAUCUCUUUUAUUGUUUAUGUGUAUGCCUGUUUGUACUUGUUUGUGUGUACCUGUCUGUGCUUCUGUGUGCCUGUGUGUACCUGUCUGUGUCUGUCUAUGCCGAUAUAUGCCUGUGUGUGCCUGUCUGUGCUUGGUGUGACUUUCUAUCUGUGCCUGUGUGUGUUUGAGUGUGCCUGUCAGUGUCUGUGUAUAUGUGUAUCUGUGUGUGUGUGUCUGUAAGUAAGUGCCAAGAGGUAUGCUAAGUGCUGAGAUAGGGGAUAGGUAGAGGUGGUGUUUGGGGAGGGGCCAAGGUUAACUCAAGCCCUGGGUUGUUUUUUGACCCAAGAACCACCUCUGGUUAGAAACAAUUAUUUUUAUACUACAGUCUACACAGGUUCUGAACACAAAAAGCAGACAUUAUGUGUAUUUAAAAACAACAACAUUUUAUUACAAUUAUAGAAUUUGUAAUUAUUAAAUAACUGGUCAAUUUCACAAUUAGUAAAUAUUAAAAUACAUUUUCAGCUACCUCACCAGUAAUUUAAUACUUGAUUUUGCAAUAAAUAUUUUGCUUGUAAAUAA